GAGAGUCUCCAGCAGCUCAUCCUGAUGACCCUGCCUAAUGUGCUGACCAUCGCUAAGGACCCCCUCUCAGGUACUGUGGUGCUCAUUCUCUUGUUCACAAACUUACAACAAGCCUCAGGUAGCUACGCCUCUAAAUCCAGUUGGCUAGCUGGCUAGUGCAAGAUUAAGUUAUGGGUCCCCAUCAUCUCUUGUUCACACUCACAACAAGUGCUUACAAAUGCCUUUAUAUAUUCCCUUGCAAUCUCAGUCCAGAUACUGUACCGUAUGAGGGCCUGUUGGGGUGGGAAGGAUGCACAUGUUGUGGCCUUUUUCUGGGGUCAGUCAGGAAGUGGGAAAGGCAGGAAAAGUCCAUUGGAGCCCUUCAGUCUGUAGGAGGCUAAUCAGGCCAUGGAGAGUGCUGAGUGUGUGGGCUCUCCGGCCUGGUGUCGACAACCUCGCCAGGAUAGACCUUAUAUGGCUAGCUGUGCGUAUGUGUGGCUAUGGAGACCGUCAGACCUGAUAUAGUGGGUGUGGAGAGGUCAGAUAGAGGCCUGUUGUCCGCAAGAUACAGGUAUAGCUGGGGGAUAGUUCACCUAAGGCUACUAUGGUAUAUUUAGCCUUGAUGGGACCAUCUAGUCUGAUUAGUAACAACUAAACUUUUACCAGAAGGAAUAAUUGUUUUUGUUUUCUCAUCGAAUAUAAUCUCUGAACCCAGAACCAUAUAUAUACACUACUCUGUAAUGAGCGAUUUACAUCUAGCUAGUGUGGUUCAUGCAGCCUCUGUCCCUUAUGACUUUUGCAACUCCACCUAGCUAGAUGACUCCAUAAAGCUAAUACCCCACAUCCCACACACAGUAUGUAGUUCAUGAAUGUACUUGCAGUACAGUUCUGUACUGUAUGCAUGAAUGAACAAAAGGAACACCAGACCAGUUAUUUCUAUGGCUUUUGUAACUGUGCUGGCGUGAGAGUAGAGUAUCUCCAGGAUAAUAACGUCAUGUUUAAAGUGUUCAGCUUCACCGCCAGACAGUUGUUCCUUCUCCUCCCGGCGGCUAGACCUUUCAUGGGUUGGGCCACUACCCUGCCGCCAGCACGCUUGUUUUGCAUGUUGGUUCCUGCAACUGUCUGUCAGACACACAAAUAACUUUUUAUCAGGACCCAUGUGGCUGAUUUCUAUUUUCCUGCCGGGAGCCAAGUUAUCUAGAUCUAGGCCUCUUGAUUGGUCCCGUAUGAAAACGUGUUUAGCAAUCAAGAACAAUAGUGGUCUAACAUUGAGAUUGGUGGGGUUGUUGGGAGGCUUUUGCUGUAAGCCAGCCUUGGUACAGUGCCUUGCAAAAGUAUUCAGCCCCCUUCGCAUUUUUCCUAUUUUGUUGCAUUACAUUAAUUUAAAUAGAUUUUUAUUUGGAUUUCAUGUAAUGGACAUACACAAAAUAGCCCAAAUUGGUGAAGUGAAAAAUUACUUGUUUCAAAAAAUUCUAAAAAAUAAAUACCGGAAAAGUGGUUCGUGCAUAUGUAUUCACCCCCUUUGCUAUGAAGCCCCUAAAUAAGAUCUGGUGCAACCAAUUACCUUCAGAAGUCACAUAAUUAGUUAAAUAAAGUCCACCUGUGUGCAAUCUAAGUGUCACAUUAUCUCAGUAUAUAUACACCUGUUCUGAAUGGCCCCAGAGUCUGCAACACCACUAAGCAAGGGGCACCACCAAGCAAGCGGCACCAUGAAGACCAAGGAGCUCUCCAAACAGGUCAGGGACAAAGUUGUGGAGAAGUACAGAUCAGGGUUGGGUUAUAAACAAAUAUCAGAAACUUUGAACAUCCCACGGAGCACUAUUUAAAUCCAUUAUUAAAAAAUGGAAAGAAUAUGGCACCACAACAAACCUGCCAAGAGAAGGCCGCCCACCAAAACUCACGGACCAGGCAAGGAGGGCAUUAAUCAGAGAGGCAACAAAGAGACCAAAGAUAACCCUGAAGGAGCUGCAAAGCUCCACAGCGGAGAUUGGAGUAUCUGUCCAUAGGACCAUUUUAAGCCGUACACGCCACAGAGCUGGGCUUCACGGAAGAGUGGCCAGAAAAAGAAAAAAAUAAGCAAACACGUUUGGUGUUCGCCAAACGGUAUGUGGGAGACUCCCCAAACAUAUGGAAGAAGGUACUCUGCUCAGAUGAGACUAAAAUUGAGCUUUUUGGCCAUCAAGGAAAAUGCUAUGUCUGGCGCAAACCGAACACCUCUCAUCACCCCGAGAACACCUUCCCCACAGUGAAGCAUGGUGGUCGCAGCAUCAUGCAGUGGGGAUGUUUUUCAUCUGCAGGGACUGGGAAACUGGUCAGAAUUUAGGAAUGAUGGAUGGCGCUAAAUACAGGAAAGUUCUUGAGGGAAACCUGAUUCAGUCUUCCGGAGGUUCACCUUCCAGCAGGACAAUGACCCUAAGCAUACUGCUAAAGCAGCACUCGAGUGGUUUAAAGGGAACAUUUAAAUGUCUUGGAAUGGCCUAGUCAAAGCCCAGACCUCAAUCCAAUUGAGAAUCUGUGGUAUGACUUAAAGAUUGCUGUACACCAGCGGAACCCAUCCAACUUGAAGGAGCUGGAGCAGUUUUGCAUUGAAAAAUGCUUAUAGAGACAUACCCCAAGAGACUUGCAGCUGUAAUUGCUGCAAAAGGUGGCUCUAUAAAGUAUUGACUUUGGGGGGAGGGGGGAGGGGGAGUGAAUAGUUAAGCACGCUCAAGUUUUCUGUUUUUUUGUCUUAUUUCUUGUUUGUUUCACCCCAAAAUAUAUUUCGCAUCUUCAAAGUGGUAGGCAUGUUGUGUAAAUCAAAUGAUACAAACCCCCAAAAAAUCCAUUUUAAUUCCAGGUUGUAAGCAACAAAAUAGGAAAAAAGCCAAGGGGGGUGAAUACCUUCCCAAGCCACUAUAUGUGAACUGAAUUUCAAUAGUGGUUAAUGGGGUGUGUGUUAAUAUUAUUGUGUGUGGAUGGAUGCGUUAUGUUAUGUUUGUAUGGAAUGGCCUCAGGAAGUUAGCUUUUCCAUGAGUUCCUAUGUUCAGUUCAGGGUUACACCACUGCCUGCCCUUUUGUCUUCUUAGUUGGUCUCAAUGGAAUAAGGGCAGGGCUGGGUCGCAGACAGGGUCUCCAUGGCAACCCUGUUGCCCUUUCCCCAGAGUGUUGAUCAAGCUUUUUUGAAGUCCUUUCCAGGACCAAGGACACACACACACACACACACGCACAUACUAACACACAGCUGAUCCCAGACAAACAAAAAGAAAUGGUAAAUACCUUUUUUAAUAAACGCUUGCUACAUCCACAAAAACACCCAAAGAUAAUCCUGAGCUGUGGCUGAUUUUAAAGAUUGACCCACUAAUUGAUGGCUCCUAACCAACAGCGAUGGGAGAGUUCUUCCAGCCACUGGUGUAAGAACUGGGGGGAUGGGAGAGGUCCACAAAACUGUCAUUUGGGAUUUGCUGCCUGCCUGGCAGGUUGACGCAUAUUGGGAUGAAUCUUGUCCUGGAGGCAGAGCUGAGCGAUUUCCACUAGAUAGGCCAGCUGCCAAGUCGAAAUUGGCAAUACAGUGCCUGUGGAAAGUAUUCACACCCCUUGACCUUUUCCACAUUUUGUUGUGUUAAAGCCUGAAUUGAAAAUGGGUUAAAUUGAGGUUUUGUGUCACGGGCCUACACACAAUACCCCAUAAUGUCAAAGUGGAAUUAUGUUUUUUUAAAUUUAUUAAAUGAAAAGCUGAAAUGUCAUAACUCAAUAACUAUUCAACCGCCUUUAUGGCAAGCCUAAAUAAGUUCAGGAGUAAAAAUAUGCUUAACAAGUCAUAUAAUAAAGUUGCAUGGACUCACUCUGUGUGCAAUAAAAGUGUUUAACAUGAUUUUUGAAUGACUACCUCAUCUCUGUACCCCAUACACACACAAUUAUCUGUAAGGUCCCUCAGUCAAGCAGUGAAUUUCAAACACAGAUUCAACCACAAAGACCAGGGAGGUUUUCUAAUUGAAUGUUCCUGAGUGUCCUAGUUAGAGUUUUGACUUAAAUCGGCUUUAAAAUCCAUGGCAAGACUUGAAAAUGGCUGUUUAGCGAUGAUCAACCACCAACUUGACGGUGCUUGAAGAAUUUUGAAAAGAAUAAUGUGCAAAUAUUGUACAAUCCAGGUGUGCAAAGCUCUAAGAGACUUACCCAGAAAGACUCACAGCUGUAAUCGAUGCCAAAUGUGAUUCUAACAUGUAUUGACUCAGGUGUAUGAAUACUUAUGUAAAUUAGAUAUUUCUCUAUUUCAUUUUCAAUACAUUUGCAAACAUUUCUCUAAACAUGUUUUCACUUCGUCAUUAUGGGGUAUUGUGCGUAGGUGGGUGAGAUAAAAAUCGACUUAAUCCAUGUUGAAUUCAGGGUGUAACACAACAAAGUGGAAUAAUUCAAGGGGUAUGAAUACUUUCUAAAGACAUUUACACUACAUUUACGUCAUUUAGCAGACACUCUUAUCCAGAGCGACUUACAGUUAGAGUGCAUACAUUUUAUUUUUUUAUACUGGCCUCCCGUGGGAAUCGAACCCACAACCCUGGCAUUGAAACGCCAUGCUCUACCAACUGAGCUACAUCCCUGUAGGCUAUUCCCUCCCCUACCCUGGACGACGCUGGGCCAAUUGUGCGCAGCCCCAUGGAUCUCCUGGUCGUGGCCGGCUACGACAGAGCCUGGAUUCGAACCAGGAUCUCUAGUGGCACAGCUAGCACUGCGAUGCAGGGCCUUAGACCACUGUGCCACUCGGGAGAUUGGCACUGUAUAUCGUAAUAAUUCAUAAAAACAAAAAUGUCUUAAUUUCAAGAUGUCCUCCAGAGAUUUUUUUUACUUGUACUGUUGAAAAGCGAUUUCCCAAGUAUAAAUACAGUAAAGUAAAAAAUAUAUUUGGAGCAAAAUGAUUAUUUUUUUUACACAUCAAGGAGUAGGGCAUUCAAGGAGUUGGUCUGAUUGGAAUCAAUCGGCUAAAAGGAAAGGGUGUUUUAAUCAGGUAUGUCUUCAUCUUUCAUCUUCAACAGGCAAGGGUAUGGAGGAGGUGAAGAGACUGCUGCUGUUGAUCCUAGGCUGUGCUGUACAGGUAACAUAGCCUUUUCUAACAUCUUCAACAGAUCUUUCUUGGAAAAGAGAUUUGAUCUCAAUGAUAAUCUGAAUGAAUAAAGUUAAAAUUACAAAACAUGAACAACCCCUCCUAAUUGAGCCAACCAGGUAGGCCUACUGUAGAAUUAAUUCCCUUGUGAGUCUGUGUAGAGGCAGUUAGUCAGUUUACUGUACAAUACAGGGAUAUGUGACUUUCUGCCUUGGCAAACAUUAUACAGUGAUUGUGUAUAUAUGUAUGUGUAUAGAUAUAUACUGUAUAUGUUUAUUGUCACAUACACCGGAUAGGUGCAGUGAAAUGUGUUGUUUGACAGGGUCAGCCAUACAGCGCACCUGGAGCAAAUUAUCAAAUCAAAUUUUAUUGGCCACAUGUGCCGAAUACAACAGGUGCAGACAUUACAGUGAAAUGCUUACUUACAGCCCUUAACCAACAGUGCAUUUAUUUUAAAUAAAAAAGUAGAAUAAAACAACAAACUUGAGAAAAAAAGAGCAGAAGUAAAAUAAAAUAACAGUAGGGAGGCUAUAUAUACAGGGGGGUACCGGUGCGGGGGCACCAGCUAGUUCAUGUAGUUGAAGUAAUAUGUACAUGUGGGUAGAGUUAAAGUGACUAUGCAUAAAUAAUUAACAGAGUAGCAGCAGCGUAAAAAGAUGGGGAAUGGGGGGCAGUGCAAAUAGUCCAGGUAGCAAUGAUUAGCUGUUUCCAGAGUCUUAUUGCUUGGGGGUAGAAGCUGUUGAGAAGUCUUUUGGACCUAGACUUGGCACUCCGGUACCGCUUGCCGUGUGGUAGCAGAGAGAACAGUCUAUGACUAGGGUGGUUGGAGUCUUUGACAAUUUUGAGGGCCUUCCUCUGACACCGCCUGGUAUAGAGGUCCUGGAUGGCAGGAAGCUUGGCCCCAGUGAUGUACUGGGCCGUACGCACUACCCUCUGUAGUGCCUUGCGGUCGGAGGCCAAGCAGUUGCCAUACCAGGCGAUGAUGCAACCAGUCAGGAUGCUCUCGAUGGUGCAGCUGUAGAAUUUUUUGAGGAUCUGAGGACCCAUGCCAAAUCUUUUCAGUCUCUUAAGGGGGAAUAGGCUUUGUCGUGCCCUCUUCACGACUGUCUUGGUGUGUUUGGACCAUGAUAGUUUGUUGGUGAUGUGGACACCAAGGAACUUGAAGCUCUCAAACCUGUUCCACUACAGCCUCGUCGAUGAGAAUGGGGGCGUGCUCAAACCUCUUUAUUUUUUUUUCUGUAGUCAACAAUCAUCUCCUUUUGUCUUGGUCACGUUGAGGGAGAGGUUGUUAUCCUUGCACCACACGGCCAGCUCUCUGACCUCCUCCCUAUAGGCUGUCUCAUCGUUGUCGGUGAUCAGGCUUACCACUGUUGUGUCGUCGGCAAACUUAAUGAUGGUGUUGGAGUCGGCAAACUUAAUGAUGGUGUUGGAGUCGGCAAACUUAAUGAUGGUGUUGGAGUCGUGCCUGGCCAUGCAGUCAUGGGUGAACAGGGAGUACAGGAGGGGACUGAGCACGCACCCCUGAGGGGCCCCCGUGUUGAGGAUCAGUGUGGCAGAUGUGUUGUUACCUACCCUUACCACCUGGGGGCGGCCCGUCAGGAAGUCCAGGAUCCAGUUGCAGAUGGAGGUGUUUAGUCCCAGGAUCCUUAGCUUAUUGUUGAGCUUUGAGGGCACUGUGGUGUUGAACGCUGAGCUGUAGUCAAUGAAUAGCAUUCUCACGUAGGUGUUCCUCUUGUCCAGGUGGGAAAGGGCAGUGUGGAGUGCAAUAGAGAUUGCAUCAUCUGUGGAUCUGUUGGGGCGGUAUGCAAAUGGGAGUGGGUCUAGGGUUUCUGGGAUAAUGGUGUUGAUGUGAGCCAUGACCAGCCUUUCAAAGCACUUCAUGGCUACAGACGUCAGUGCUACGGGUCGGUAGUCAUUUAGGCAGGUUAUCUUAGAGUCCUUGGGCAUGGGGACUAUGGUGGUCUGCUUGAAACAUGUUGGUAUUACAUACUCAGUCAGGGACAUGUUGAAAAUGUCAGUGAAGACACUUGCCAGUUGGUCAGCACAUGCUCGGAGUACACGUCCUGGUAAUCCGUCUGUGAAUGUUGACCUGCUUAAAAGUCUUACUCACAUCGGCUACGGAGAGCGUGAUCACAUAGUCAUCCGGAACAGCUGGUGCUCUCAUGCAUGCUUCAGUGUUGCUUGCCUCGAAGCGAGCAUAGAAGUGGUUUAGCUCGUCUGGAAGUGUUGUGUCAUUGGGCAGCUCGCGGCUGUGCUUCCCUUUGUAGUCUGUAAUAGUUUUCAAGCCCUGCCACAUCCGACGAGCGUCAGAGCCGGUGUAGUACGAUUCAAUCUUAGUCCUGUAUUGACUCUUUGCCUGUUUGAUGGUUCGUCGGAGGGCAUAGCGGGAUUUCUUAUAAGCGUCCGGGUUAGAGUCCCGCUCCUUGAAAGCAGCAGCUCUACCCUUUUAGCUCAGUGCGGAUGUUUCCUGUAAUCCACGGUUUCUGGCUGGGGUAUGUACGUACGGUCACUGUGGGGACGACAUCAUCGAUGCACUUAUUGAUGAAGCCAGUGACUGAUGUGGUGUACUCCUCAAUGCUAUCUGAAGAAUCCCGGAACAUGUUCCGGUCUGUGCUAGCAAAACAGUCCUGUAGCUUAGCAUCUGCGUCAUCUGACCACUUUUUUAUUAACCGAGUCACUGGUGCUUCCUGCUUUAGUUUUUGCUUAUUAGCAGGAAUCAGGAGGAUAGAGUUAUGGUCAGAUUUGCCAAAUGGAGGGCGAGGGAGAGCUUUGUAUGCGUCUCUGUGUGUGGAGUAAAGGUGGUCUAGAGUUUUUUUUCCUCUGGUUGCACAUUUAACAUGCUGGUAGAAAUUAGGUAGAACGGAUUUAAGUUUCCCUGCAUUAAAGUCCCCGGCCACUAGGAGCGCUGCCUCUGGAUGAGCGUUUUCCUGUUGACUUAUGGCCUUAUACAGCUCAUUCAGUGCAAUCUUAAUGCCAGCAUUGGUUUGUGGUGGUAAAUAGACAACUAUGAAAAAUAUAGAUGAAAACUCUCUUGGUAAAUAGUGUGGUCUACAGCUUAUCAUAAGAUACUCUACCUCAGGCGAGCAAAACCUAGAGACUUCCUUAUUAUUUGAUUUUGUGCACCAGCUGUUGUUUACAAAUAUACACAGACCGCCACCCCUUGUCUUACCUGAGUCAGCCGUUCUAUCCUGCCGAUGUAGCGUAUAGCCCGCUAGCUGUAUGUUGUCCAUGUCGUCGUUCAGCCACGACUCGGUGAAACAUAAUUGCCUUGCUCAACGGCACAUCAACAGAUUUUAUUCACCUUGUCGUCUCAGGUAUUUGAACCAGCGACCUUUCGGUUGGCCCAGCGCUCUAACCACUAGUCUACCUGGCACCUGAUCACACCAGGAAGUGAAGCUGCAUUGGCAUAACUUUACAUGUUAGAACGCAUCCCUGUAUUAACUGAAACUGAUAACAGUCGCCUUCAGUGCAACAGCAAUGGCCUGUUAUCUUAUCAACAUUUUAUGAAUCAAUUCAAGAUGGCCCUCAAAUGUUUUAUGAGAUUAAUUUCUCUUUUGAAAUCGACAUGUCCAUUGUAGCACCAAUAUCACAGCGCAUGUCAGAGGCUCAGAGAGAUAAAGGGUUAAAUAGUGCAGGGCCCACCCACCUGUACCUAUACCAGAGGCUGUUCCAUUCCCGUGGCUCUGAUAUCUCUCUCACUUCAGCUCUGUACACUAUUGUUUUCAUUCCCUCCAAUCCCCUGGCCUCUCUCUCUCUUUUCUCUAUGUUACACUGCACUGGUUUUUCUUGUUCUUGGGAAAAAGCGGGAUAGAGAGAGAGAUGAAGUGUUGACUAGUUGUUAACUUUUCCUCAGGUAUUUUUCCGAUACAUAAAAAAAUGUCAACGUCAAGCAUAGAUGGAAUUCAUUUUCUAAGUCGAUGCAUUAUCUAUACCUCUUAUAAUUGUUUUCUCUCCAUUUAAUUGAAUGGUAAUUACUCGAGUCUGUGCCGCCUCAAGUCCUCCACAUUACCCCAUACAGUAUUUCUAUAAGAUUUAGAACCUUCUUCUUUUCAUAUGGCUUAUUCAUAUUUAUGACCAUUCAAACACCCAGUCCUUUGUGUUCAAUAGAGAAUGUGAGAACCAAAUCUUAAUCAAAAUGUCUUUCUGAUAGUUUAUAGUCGUGACCUAUAGGUAUCUGAUAGAAGUGCCUGUCAUUGCUACUUCCUCUGCAGUGUGAGAGGAAAGAAGAGAUCAUUGAGAAAAUCAAACUGCUCGACAUCGAGAAGCAGGCAGCCAUCGUCUCCCACAUUCAAGAGGUGAGUAGUGCAGGUGUAGGUGUGUUCACGUCAAAGCAGGCACACAUGUUCAUGCGCAUCAGCCCUUCCUUUUUUGUAGUGAAUUGUUUUCUCACGUUAUCUUCAGGUACGCCUUGUGAAUACUGCUGAAAAUUUGGCAUCUGGCUAAAUCUGGCACAUUUACAGAAACAUUGAUUUAUGUGCACUAUCCCUGUCAAAUAAAUCUAAUAAAGUAAAGACAUAUUCAGGUCUUACUCCUAGGCCUACACUUUAACAGUAUGACAUUUCCAUUGACAUUUAGGCAAUCCUGUUCAUGCGUGUUCGUCAAUUUGUUUAUAGUGAAUAUUUUUCUCACAUGUACUAUGCAUCUUCACAUACAGACACAUACAAGUCUUAUUCCCAGGCCUACAGUACUAUAUUCCUUUUGACAAUAUUGUUAUAUUUCGCUGCACAGAUUCAGAAAUACAAGGGAGAUGGCACUGUUAUUACACAUGUAUUGGGUUUCAAUGCAGAACUUAUGGCAUUCCUGUUUACAUUGUUGUUAUAUUGUCUGUCUACCCCUUCAGGUGACCCAUAACCAGGAGAAUGUGUUGGACAUGCAGUGGCUGGAGCUGCCAGACAUGCCCCCUGAGGAGCUCGAACCCCUGUCCCGUAACAUGGCCCUGCACCUCCGCAAACUCAUAGAUGAAAGAGAUGAAUGUGCAGAGGUUGGUAUCGAACACAGAACUAGUCUGAAACACACCCAAAUCAACUGUAUUACCCACAAUAAGUUUAAAAAAUGCAUCUGUACAUGAUAUGGACAUUACUGUCAUGCAGACUUGAUUUGUGCCCUUUCUAUGCACAGCCAAUAGACUGACAGAGUUCUUCUCCGCCCUCCUCCAGGUGAUCGUGGAGCUGACCCAGGAGAAGGACUACCUCCAGUCCCAGCAGCCUUCCAAUCACCUGGGUUACCCCUGUCCUGAGAGGACUGCAUUGGGCCUGGAUGGACCCGUCUCACUGCUGUCCAAAGAGGACCGCCAGCACCUGGCUGUGGAGCUGGCCGACACUAAAGCCAAACUGAGACGCUCGCGACAGGAACUGUGAGUCAGAAAAGGGGAGAGGUUAGAGUCGGGGAUAACAGUUCAGCAUUUAGUAUAUUUUAUUUUAUUAAGACAAAUAAUUUCCUAAGAUGUUAGCUUCAGAAACACUGCAAGCCCUCUAUCAGAAAAUAUAUUGACUCUAAAUAAACUACACUUAACAUGAUUACAAAAAUGUAUAUAUGUCUGAAUAAAUUGAUUUGCCAACCUAAUGUGUGCUGUGUCUCUCCCAGGGAGGAGAAGACUGAGCAUCUGAUGGAUACCAAACAUGAGGUGGAGAGGCUGGACCUGGAGAUGCAGAAACUCAAGCAAGAGGUGCGGAUUUCCUCUUUUUCACUUCGGCUUCCCUGUCCCCCCCCUCACACUAUCCUCCUGUUUCUCUCCCUCACUUUCUCCCCCUGUUUAUCUCACUCACUUACGUAAACAUACAUUGAAACCCAACUUUCCCUUCUUUUCCAAGUAAGGAAAAAGUUUCCUCCUAGGCAUUUCGAAUCUUGACCACAAAUGAGCCAUAACCUCCAGUACAUCUAGUUUGUUGUACAAUUCAUGCACCUCUGUUUGGUUGCUGCAAAGUAGCGGCAGUAUACCAUUUCUGCAAUUAUAACCUCCAGACCAGAUCCAUAGUGUGUCUUUUUAUGCGCUGUGCAGAACAUGCAGCUGCUGGCGGAGGCACGGUCGGUGCGUGCCUACAGGGAUGAGGUGGAUGCUCUGAGGGAGAAGGCAGCCAAGGUGGACAGACUGGAGACAGAGCUGUCGCGCUGCAAGGAGAGGCUACACGACGUCCACUUCUACAAGACACGAGUCGAGGUGAGACACACUGAGCAUUGAAUUUAAUUGAUUAAACUCACCAACAUCAAUUUUAUGAAUGCUAGAAUAAAAUACAAUGCUGUACAUUAACAACACAUGUAAAAGGAAAAUACCUUUGUUUGCUCCACUAUUCAUGCACCUUGGUUUGAAAUGGAGGUAGUGACAGCAUUCAUUUUUCUCAUUAUCAACACACAUCCACAUGUAUAGCCUAUCUCAUCUGUCAAGACACAUUAAUAUUGGUUGUGCAUAUUAAGACCCAUAUUCCUUAGCAGCACGUCUUUCAUGUCUCUGGGUCAAAUCAGUUCCACUUCAUUGACUAGAACAUUGACUAGAACCCCUGCUGUCUCUGUCACAGGAGAACAAUGGCACCUCCUGAUCAGCAGCAUUUUUGAGUUUGUCCAGGCAGGGAGCUCCACAGCUGUCAAUGGCAGGCCUUUGAACCACUAUUUCCCACUGUCUCCGUCUCAGCCUCUGACUCAUUUAUAUUUCACACUGUCUCCUUACUGAGAAUAUUGACUACAUUGCAGUCAGACUGAACGGAAUCGCUAAUCUACAAAUCACCUUGCUUUCCCAAAUAACUACUCAUUAUGUGAUCAAGAUGAGAAAAUCUGCACAGCGUCUCAGGCUGGUCCCCUUGAACAUGCUGUAUGUAUAUGUCCCUCUGUUUUAGGGCUGUCCCCCACCCCCGCAAAACAUCUGCGUCGACCAAGAGUAAUCUUUUCUUUCGACCAAUCGAUUGGUCGAAAAUUGUAAACUUGUAUUUUUCCAUAUAUAGACACACCCUAUGUGUUUUUAAUAAAAUCAACUAUAUCUACUGAACUUGUCUGAUGCUUUAAGUUCGCUGUUUGAUUAAAUCAUUAAGACACACAAAUGACUCAAGGGCGCCAGAGAUCAAGAGCCUAACCAGAAGAAGAAAAAAAACGUCUUCUUCCGCUGCUGCUGGCCUUUGCAGAUUCUGCCAUUACGCUCCUGAAGUUGCUGGUAAUAGGCUACACCAGCGGGCGGCAUCCAUUUCCAUUUGGAGCUCCAAUUAAUUUUUUACAAUUUCUACCGAUCUGCUUGCCAAUUAUGAUUUUCAUAUGCACAUUUUCGUGGAACAGUUUCAUUUAAUUUAUAAUAGUGUCAAAAUCAUAGUCAUGUGGUUAAUCUAAAUUCUAACUAAAUCUAAAUGAUACAAAUCUAAAAAUUAACUUCUAUUGCCAUUGCCAACAAUGUAAAAAUAGCCUACAUAAAGCCAACAAAUAAAAACAUUGCAGCCUGCAGGUAGAAAAUAUCCUGAUUUAAAAAUAAAUAUCCUAUAAAUCACAUUGACUACGCAUGGCCUGUCUGCAAUGAACUUGAAACAUUGUAUCAGCUGAGUCUGGCCCAAAGCGCGCGCUAGCAAACCUCCAACGUUGUAUAAAAUAUUCUGGGCCCUCAGUUUCCCGCGCCAGUGAGCUCAGGAGAGACACAGCUGUAGGCUAUUUGUGCAAGGAAUAAGAAGUAAUUAGGUAUUUUAUGAUGUUUCCACUGGAUCAGAGCAUUACAAUUUUCCCAUUCAUGCCGAGUGGUGAUCAAUAGGGAGAGAGCUGGAAAAUUGUUCAAAUACAUUGAGGAACUAUUGUCAUUCUCAACGGAUAAUAAAGACAGACUUUGUUUACUUGCUGUUUAAGGUGAAGAAAAAAAUACUUUGAGAAGCUCCACAGCUCAUUAGUGGUGGUGAGUUAAGACAAUCAGAAAUACUAUCAGACACAUUUAUGGCCUACAUUUGCGCACAGGCCAGGUAGCCUAGGCCUACUUCUACAUGCGUAAUCAGGUGUGCGUCCUUAUUCAACGUUGACAGGAGCGCUCCAAACAUAAGACAAUGAAUAAAUUGACAAAACUCGUAAAUGGAAUGAAAUAACCUGAAACUUGUUUCUCACAAGUGUAGCAUGGGUUGUGAGCGCUACAAACAACGUGUCCGUGGUGAAAUAAGUAAUGGGGAAUUGAUAGACACUACCAAUCAAAGGGCAAACAAUUCACAUAGUUUAUGAAACCAUGAAUGCACACGAAAUGGCGGGAGAGAGCGCAUUCAGGAGAGAUACUGUAAGUACCUUGUGCAUCUUAGCCACACUCCCUUUUUUCUUGGACCGUAGCAUCCCCGCAGCCUCCUCAAUGGAUUAGUCCACUGAGACAGGUGUGAAUCAGACAGGUGUCUCGUGUGCCAAAAAAAAAAAAUCUCUGUCAAUCAACAGCCUAUACCAAACAAUCGACAAGUCGACUAAAUGGGGUCAACCCUACUCUGUUUCCAUCUGACAGUUUGUCUGUGUUUCUUCUGUGUUUGUUUCCAGGAGCUGAGAGAGGACAACGUGACUCUGAUGGAUACCAAAGCCAUGCUGGAGGAGCAGCUGGGAGCUGCCAGGGGGCGCUGUGACAAACUACACGAGUUGGAGAAGGAGAACCUGCAGCUGCGGUCCAAACUGCACGACAUGGAGAUGGUAAGAAGUGCAAUAGGGAUUGGUCCGUUUGUCUGCCCAUCUGUGUGCGCUAUAUGUCAGUGUAUGCUAUAUGUCAGUGUAUGCUAUAUGUCAGUGUAUGCUAUAUGUCAGUGCAGUGUGUGUAUACAGUGCAUUCGGAAAGUAUUCAGACCCCUUAACUUUUUCCACAUUUUGUUACGUUACAGCCUUAUUCUAAAAUGGUUUAAAUAGUUUUUUCCCCUCAUCAAUCUAUACACAAUACCCCAUAAUGACAAAGCAGAAACAGGUUUUUAGAAAUUUCUGCAAAUGUAUUUUAAAAAAAUAACAGAUCACAUUUACAUAAGUAUUCAGACCCUUUACUCAGUACAUUGUUGAAGCACUUUUGGCAGCGAUUACAGCCUCUAGUCUUCUUGGGUAUGACUCUACAAGCUUGGCACACCUGUAUUUGGGGAGUUUCUCCCAUUCUACUCUGAAGAUCCUCUCAAGCUCUGUCAGGUUGGAUGGGGAGCGUCGCUACACAGAUAUUUUCAGGUCUACCAGAGAUGUUCGAUCGGGUUCAAGACCGGGCUCUGGCUGGACCACUCAAGGACAUUCAGAGACUUGUCCCGAAGCCACUCCUGCGUUGUCUUGGCUGUGUGCUUAGGGUCGUUGUUCUGUUGGAAGGUGAACCUUCGCCCCACUCUGAGGUCCUGAGCGCUCUGGAGCAGGUUUUCAUCAAGGAUCUCUCUGUACUUUGCUCCGUUCAUCUGUCCCUCGAUCCUGACUAGUUUCCCAGUCCCUGCCGCUGAAAAACAUCCCCACAGUAUGAUGCUGCCAGCGCCAUGCUUCACCGUAGGGUAGGUGCCAGGUUUCCUCCAGAUGUGACGCUUGGCAUUCAGGCCAAAGAGUUCAAUCUUGGUUUCAUCAGACCAGAGAAUCUUGUUUCUCAUGGUCUGAGAGUCCUUUAGGUGCGAAAGAAAGAGUCUUGGUGGUUCUAAACUAAUUCCAUUUAAGAAUGAUGGAGGCCACUGUGUUCUUGGGGACCUUCAAUGCUGCAGACAUUUUUUGGUACCUUUCCCCAGAUCUGUGCCUCGACACAAUCCUGUCCCGGAGCUCUACAAACAAUUCCUUUGACCUCAUGGCUUGGUUUUUGCUCUGACAUGCACUGUUAACUGUGGGACCAUAUAUAGACAGGUGUGUGCCUUUCCAAAUCAUGUCAAAUCAAUUUCAUUUACCACAGGUGGACUCCAAUCAAGUUGUAGAAACAUCUCAAGGAUGAUCAAUGGAAACAGGAUGCACCUAAGCAACAUUUUGACUCUCAUAGCAAAUAGUCUGAAUAAUUAUGUAAAUAAGGUGUUUCAGUUUAUUUUUUAUGGGGUAUUGUGUGUAGAUUGAUUAGGGGGAAAAAUUUAUUUGAUCAAUUUUAGAAUAAGGCUGUAACGUAACAAUGUGGAAAAAGUCAAGGUGUCUGAAUACUUUUUCGAAUGCGCUGUAACUGUGUAUAUGUUGGUGUGUGCGUCUGACUCACCCUGCUGUCCCUCUCAGGACCGGGACACAGAUAAGAAGCGCCUGGAGGAGUUGAUAGAAGAGAACAUGCUGCUGGAGAUCUCUCAGAAACAGAGCAUGAACGAGUCUGCCCACCUUGGCUGGGAGCUGGAGCAGCUUGCCAAGAACAACGACAACAUUGACAGUAAAAUCACACACACAACACACAUAUGCAUACACACACACACACUAAACAUGUGUAGGUUUUUCCCCAGCUACAUCACUUUGAGUUGUGGUCCUGUAUGGUUCAGUUCGUAGGUUCAUUUCCCGGGGCCACCCAUACGUAAAAUGUAUGCACGCAUGUAGUCCCUGUAGUGUCUGCUAAAUUGUAUAUAUUAUAUUAUAUUAUUCUGCUGACAGCCAACACGUAUAAAUCCUCUUCCAUUAGUGGCUGAUGGAGAAUUUGGACGGAAAAUACUGAAAAGUCAAAAUCUCAUUGACUCCUGCCAGAGCUUGUGGUGCAACCUAAAUAAGAAAUUCAUUUCAAACACUAUGCUGUUGAUACUUGAAUUAGAGAGAAGAGUUCUGUGUCAUAUUUUCUGUUUGAUUCGAGAGGGUGAACAGUGCAAUAGAUUGGCGCUACAGGUCUUUGCAUUGGUGUGUGUGUGAGGGAUUAUAUUUUGGCCUCUGUGUUGAAGUUAAUGUUUCACUCUGUAAUGUCAGAAAGGUAAUAUAGUGACUCAGCAGCUGGCUCAGCUGUUUCCCUCAACCUCACAUUUAUCACAGUGAAGCACCUGAUCCUCUAACUGUCAACACAUGGAUUAUAUAAAUCUACACACAAUACUUAUAAUAUACAAAUCUACAGUGUGUGCUAUGAUGUGGCUGACUCAAACUUUACAUGCACAUUCACACUCAAAACGAAAAUGUAUAUUAUGCAAGCAGCCAAAGCUGCUCUCUCAAAAUCACUUCCAGCCACUAUUCUAAAUAAAUAAACACAUACUUAUGAUCCCAGUCUCGUACUGUACAAGUACACAAAUGCAUUGGAUAAAUCAAGCUCCCUCUCUUCCCCCCCUGUGCAGCGCGCAAGUCGUUUGUGUUUGAGCUGAACGAGUCUGCGUCAAGCCGUCUGCUGAAGCUGGAGAAAGAGAACCAGGGUCUGCAGAGCACUAUCCAGGAGCUCAGAGAGGCUUCCCUAAGUCUGCAGGAGGGCCGGCUACAUACCCUGGAGCUGGAGAGUGACAACCAGGGCCUCCGCAAGAAGGUACUGUACAGACACGCACACACACUGAUUGCACACAUACACACAGAUAAUGUAGACAGACGUGCUCACACACACACACACAGACAGACUUGCAUACAUGCACGAUCACCCACUCUGAUGCACGUACGCACAGGGUUGGACACACACACUUUGAAUACAGAAAGGAAGCAUGCAGAAGGUACUGUAUGCUGGUCCCACAUACUUUAUAGAUUGACAGUCUGUGUGUUGUGGGAUACAAUAUGCUGGUCCCACAUGCCCUAUAUAGUUAGUCUGCAGUAUGCAUUGCAGUAUGUUUUGUGAUGCAGUUAAAUUAAAGCAUGCUGGUGGGAGCAGAGCACCGUAUACCAAAUGCAAUCUUUCUUUCUCUAGUAUUCGGCAUUGGCCCAGCACCGGUGUGGAUGUUUUUAAUGUACUGUGCAUUAGGAAAGUAUUCAGACCCCUUGACUUUUUCCACAUUUUGUUACGUUACAGCCUUAUUCUAAAAUUGAUUAAUUUGUUUUUUCCCCUCAUAAUUCGUUUUUUACCCACACAAUACCCCAUAAUGACAAAGUGAAAAAAGGUUUUUAGAAAUGUUUGCAAAUAUAUUAAAAAUAAAAAACUGAUAUUACAUUUACAUAAGUAUUCAGACCCUUUACUCUGUACUUUGUUGAAGCACCUUUGGCAGCGAUUACAGCCUCGAGUCGUCUUGGGUAUGACGCUACAAGCUUGGCACACCUGUAUUUGGGGAGUUUCUCCCAUUCUUCUCUGAAGAUCCUCUCAAGCUCUGUCAAGGUUUCUUCAGAGAUGUUCAAGUCCGGGCUCUGGCUGGGCCACUCAAGGACAUUCAGAGUCCCGAAGCCACUCUUGCGUUGUCUUGGCUGUGUGCUUAGGGUUGUUGUCCUGUUGGAAGGUGAACCUUCGCCCCAGUCUGAGGUCCUGAGCGCACUGGAGCAGGUUUUCAUCAAGGAUCUCUCUGUACUUUGGUCCGUUCAUCUUUCCCUCGAUCCUGACUAGUCUCCCAGUCCCUGCCGCUGAAAAACAUCCCCACAGCAUGAUGCUGCCACCACCAUGCUUAACCAUAGGGAUGGUGCCAUGUUUCCUCCAGACGUGUGACGCUUGGCAUUCAGGCCAAAGAGUUCAAUCUUGGUUUCAUCAGACCGGAGAAUCUUGUUUCUCAUGGUCUGAGUCCUUUAGGUGCCUUUUGGCAAACUCCAAGUGGGCUGUUGUGUGCCUUUUACUACUGUAAAGGCCUGAUUGGUGGAGUGCUACAGAGAUGGUUUUCCUUCUGGAAGGUUCUCACAUCUCCACAGAGGAACUCUGGAGCUCUGUCAGUGACCAUCAGGUUCUUGGUCACCUCCCUGACCAAGGCCCUUCUCCCCCGAUUGCUCAGUUUGGCCGGGUGGCCAGCUCUAGGAAGAGUCUUGGUGGUUCCAAACUUAUUUCAGUUAAGAAUGAUGGAGGCCACUGUGUUCUUGGGGACCUUCAAUGCUGUGUAAUUUUUUUGGUACACUUCCCCAGAUCUGUGCCUCGACACAAUCCUGUCUCGGAGCACUACGGACAAUUCCUUCGACCUCUUGGCUUGGUUUUUGCUCUGACAUGCACUGUCAACUGUGGGACCUUUACAGUUGAAGUCGGAAGUUUACAUACACUUAGGUUGGAGUCAUUAAAACUUGUUUUUCAACCACUCCACAAAUUUCUUGUUAACAAACUAUAGUUUUGGCAAGUCAGUUAGUUCAUCUACUUUGUGCAUGACAUAAGUAAUUUUUUAACACUUGUUUACAGAACGAUUAAUUCACUGUAUCACAAUUCCAGUGGGUCAGAAGUUUACAUACACUAAGUUGACUGUGACUUUAAACAGCUUGGAAAAUUCCAGAAAAUGAUGUCAUGGCUUUAGAAGCUUCUGAUACGCUAAUUGACAUCAUUUGAGUCAAUUGGAGGUGUACCUGUGGAUGUAUUUCAAGGCCUACCUUCAAACUCAGUCCCUCUUUGCUUGACAUCAUGGGAAAAUCAAAAGAAAUCAGCCAAGACCUCAGAAAAAAAAUUGUAGACCUCCACACGUCUGGUUCAUCCUUGGGAGCAAUUUCCAAGCGCCUGAAGGUACCACGUUCAUCUGUACAAACAAUAGUACGCAAGUAUAAACACCAUGGGACCACGCAGCCGUCAUACCGCUCAGGAAGGAGACGCGUUCUGUCUCCUAGAGAUGAACGUACUUUGGUGCGAAAAGUGCAAAUCAAUCCCAGAACAACAGCAAAGGACCUUGUGAAGAUGCUGGUCGAAACAGGUACAAAAGUAUCUAUAUCCACAGUAAAACAAGUCCUAUAUCGACAUAACCUGAAAGGCCGCUCAGCAAGGAAGAAGCCACUGCUCCAAAACCGCCAUCAAAAAGCCAGACAAAUAUCAUUAUUUUUGGAGAAAUGUCCUCUGGUCUGAUGAAACAAAAAUAGAACUGUUUGGCCAUAAUGACCAUCGUUAUGUUUGGAGGAAAAACGUGGCAGCUUGCAAGCCGAAGAACACCAUCCCAACCGUGAAGCACGGGGGUGGUAGCAUCAUGCUAUGGGGGUGCUUUGCUGCAGGAGGGACUGGUGCACUUCACAAAAUAGAUGGCAUCAUGAGGAAGGAAAAUUAUGUGUAUAUAUUGAAGCAACAUCUCAAGACAUCAGUCAGGAUGUUAAAGCUUGGUCGCAAAUGGGUCUUCCAAAUGGACAAUGACCCCAAGCAUACUUCCAAAGUUGUGGCAAAAUGGCUUAAGUACCACAAAGUCAAGGUAUUGGAGUGGCCAUCACAAAGCCCUGACCUCAAUCCUAUAGAACAUUUGUGGGCAGAACUGAAAAAGCAUGUGCGAGCAAGGAGGCCUACAAACCUGACUCAGUUACACCAGCUCUGUCAGGAGGAAUGGGCCAAAAUUCACCCAACUUAUUGUGGGAAGCUUGUGGAAGUUUGACCCAAGUUAAACAAUUGAAAGGCAAUGCUACCAAAUACUAAUUGAGUGUAUGUGAACUUCGUACCCACUGGGAAUGUGAUGAAAGAAGUAAAAGCUGAAAUAAAUCAUUCUCUCUACUAUUAUUCUAACAUUUCACUUUCUUAAAAUAAAGUGGUGAUCCUAACUGACCUAAGACAGGGAAUUUCUACUAGGAUUAAAUGUCAGGAAUUGUGAAAAACGGAGUUUAAAUGUAUUUGGUUAAGGUGUAUGUAAACUUCCGACUUCAACUGUAUAUAGACAGGUGUGUGCCUUUCCAAAUCAUGUCCAAUCAAUUGAAUUUACCACAGGUGGACUCCAAUCAUGUUGUGGAAACAUCUCAAGGAUGAUCAAUGGAAACAGGAUGCACCUGAGCUCAAUUUCGAGUCUCAUAGCAAAGGGUCUGAAUACUUAUGUAAAUAAAAUCGAAAUCUGUUUUCGCUUUGUCAUUAUGGGGUAUUGUGUGUAGAUUGAUGAGGAUUUUUAUUUAAUCCAUUUUAGAAUAUGGCUAUAACGUAACAAAGUGAAAAAAAAGUCAAGGGGUCUGAAUACUUUACUUUACGAUCUCUCACACAUACUUCUGACAUAUGCUUUCAUAUUUAUGACCUCUUUGCUGUGGAUUGAUGAAUUUCAUCAAUUUUGUGUUUGUGCUUUCUAUCAUGAUUGUCAUCCAUUUUGUGUCUGCUUGUUUCCUACGUUUCUUCCCUAGCUGGAGCGUCUGCAGACCCUGCUGGACCAGGAGAAGCAGACCACCCAGGACAUGGAGGGUCUUGGGGAAGAUCUGCUCAAAGACAAGCAGAAACUGGAUAAGGCUCUGGAGACACUGCAGGCAGACAAGGACAGACAGGUACACACUGUACUUCUAACCUUACACAUGCGAAAUGCACCACUGAUUGUGUGUGUGUGUGUCACCCUGUCAUCGGUGGUCCCUCUUAUGUCACUGUUAUCCCACCUGACUGUCUUUAUGCGUGUUCCCCAGAUCUCCGAGCUGGAGCAGGAGAAGGAGCACCUGAGCCAGGCGGUGAGCUCCCUGCGUCAGCGCACCCAGGCCGACAGUGAGGCUCGGGUUAGGGAGGUGGAGACUGAGAACCGCGUCCUCCACCAGACCAUCACCGACACCGGGUCCAAGCUGGCCCGGCUAGAGGCCCAGGGCAAGCAGUCCAUUAAGGAGCUGGAGACACUGAGGGAGAGGGGGGAGCGCUGUGAGGAGCUGGAGAGGGAGACUGCACAUCUUGGAGAGGAGUAAAGAGCAGCUUCAGAGGGAGGUGAGGGAAGUCAUUCUUGCACUCGCACUUGUUUUGCCAUAUUUGUAGCUAUUUUUGAAUAAUGUUUUACUUGCAGUGAUUGUGGGUUGCAAUCAGUGAAUUCAACUUAGGUAAAACAACCACAUAUCACAAUCAUUGCAACAUGACUAAACUGUAAAUGUAAACAUAGGUGGCGUCUCUGAAGAUCACGUGUGACCGGGCCGAGGCCCUGGAGAGAGACAAUGCCAGCCUGGAGCAGGACAACCGGAGGCUGAAGAAGCAGGUGGACACGGCCCAGAACAUCAGCCUGCGCCUGGCCACUCUGGAGAAGGACCACAGCCUCCUGGACCAGGAGAACCUGGAGCUCCGCCGCACCGUGGAAUCUCUCCGGCCGGCCGCCGUACGCCUGGCCCAGCUCCAGCAGGAGAAUGGGGAGCUAGAGAGGGAGAGGGAGGAGCUGGCUCGGUCCGUGGAGGAGCUGAGGUCCCAGGGGAAGAGGGCGGAGAGGCUGGAGCUGAGCGUCAGCAGCCUGGGUCUGGAGAACCAGAGGCUCCAGCAGAGCCUGGACAACAGCUCCACCAAGAUCCAGGGGCUGGAGAGGGAGCUGAGGCAGACAGAGGCCGAGACAGGGGGGCUAAGAAGGGAGCUGGAGGAGGUGUGCCUGGCGGGGAAAUGCCUGGAGGCAGUGGAGAAGGAGAAGAGGGGGCUGGAGCAAGAGCUGGGCCAGUCAGAGAAGGUAUGUCUGUGUGUUAUGUGUAAACUGUAGUUGUUGUCUUACGUACUCCUGAAUUAAAUUAAAUUAAAUUAAAUUGCAGGAGAGGAAGCAGCUGGAGAAGGAGGCACGGAGGCUGUGGCUGCAGCUGGAGGUGAAAGAAGGGGUGCUGGAGGAGAGUGCUCUGAGGCUGGCCUCCCUGGAGAAGGAGGGCAUCACCAAGGAGAAGGAGCUGGAGAGGUUAAAGGAGGCGACUGGGAAGGUCAAAGAGCUGGAGAGGGAGAGCAAGGAGCUGCAGAAACAGGCAACCAUUGACAAGAGGACCCUGGCCACACUCCGAGAGGUAUGUAUGGGGAAGGUCUGAGGAUAAUAUAGGCUACAGUAGAUUGUAGAGAAAUACAUGUACUAUGCAGUAUAAAAUAUAAAACGCAACAUGUAAAGUGUUGGUUUCAUGAGUUUAAAUAAUAGAUCCCAGAAAUGGUCCAUACGCACAAAAAGCUUAUUUCUCUCAAAUGUUGUAGACAAAUUUGUUUACAUCCCUGUUAGGAAGCAUUUCUCCUUUGUCAAGAUAAUCCAUCCACCUGACAGGUGUGGCAAAUCAAGAAGCUGAUUAAACAGCAUAAUCAUUAGAGGUACACCUUGUACUCGAGACAAUAAAAGACCACUCUAAAAUGUGCAGUUUUGUCACACAACACAAUGCCACAGAUGUCUGAAGUUUUGAGGGAGCAGGCAAUUGGCAUGCUGACUGCAAGAAUGUCCACCAAAGGUGUUGGCAGAUAAUUGAAUGUGCAUAAGCCGCCUCCAACGUCGUUUUAGAAAAUGUGGCAGUCCGUCCAACCGGCCUCACAAAUGCAGACCACGUGUAACCUCCCCAGCCCCACAUUGUAAUGGAAAUUUGAAUGCACAGAGAUACCGUGACGAGAUCCUGAGGCCCAUUGUCGUGCCAUUCAUCCACCGCCAUCACCUCAUGUUUCAGCAUGAUAAUGCAUGGUCCCAUGUCGCAAGGAUCUGUACACAAUUCCUGGAAGCUCUAAAUGUCCCAGUUCUUCCAUGGCCUGCAUACUCACCAGACAUGUCACCCAUUGAGCAUGUUUGGAAUGCUCUGGAUCGACGUGUACGACAGCGUGUUCCAAUUACCGCCCAUAUCCAGCAACUUUCACAGCGAUUUGAAGAGGAGUGGGACAACAUUCCACAGGCCACAAUCAACAGCCUGAUCAACUCUAUGCGAAGGAGAUGCCGUGCUGCAUCAGGCAAAUGGUGGUCACUGACUGGUUUUCUGAUCCUUCCUUUUUUUGUAAGGGAUCUGUGACCAACAGAUGCAUAUCUGUAUUCCCAGCCAUGUGAAAUCCAGAGAUUAGGGCCUAAUGAAUUCAUUUCAAUUGACUGAUUUCCUUAUAUGAACUGUAACUCAGUAUAAUCUCGUUGCAUGUUGCAUUUAUAUUUUUGUUCAGUCUAGAUGUACCAUACAGUACAUGGAGUUCAAGUAGAAAAAUAAAUGCAGGGUGCCGAUGAUUGGAUAAAGAUUAGUUUGAUAUAAAUUGUGGAUCAUACCAUGAGAGAUUAGUAUUCUGUGCAUACUCUGCUUAUGUCAAUGGGCCUCUAAAAGUGCAGUAAGGGUUACAGUAGCCUGUCCGUAUAGUGGAUGUACAGCGUGUUUCAAGUACGUAUCUAGAUCUGCAUUUCUGCUACAACUGCCUCUCUAAAACUGUUUGGAAGACAGGUCAGUAGAGUCAGGGUUAUAUUGUGUGUAUUCUGUCCUGUCCAGGACCUGGUGAAUGAGAAGCUAAAGGUGCAGCAGCAAUGGAACGAGUUGGAGACACUGAGCCACGAGCUGGAGAAGAUCGGCCUGAACAGAGAGAAACUACUGCAGGAGGAGCACAGCUGUGAAGACAAGUAAGAGGCUUUACACUGUCUACCAGCAUGCAUCACACUAACUACAUCUACACUGUACCACCAUGCCAUCACACUAACUACAUCUACACUGUACCACCAUGCCAUCACACUAACUACAUCUACACUGUACCACCAUGCCAUCACACUAACUACAUCUACACUGUACCACCAUGCCAUCACACUAACUACAUCUACACUGUACCACCAUGCCAUCACACUAACUACAUCUACACUGUACCACCAUGCCAUCACACUAACUACAUCUACACUGUACCACCAUGCCAUCACACUAACUACAUCUACACUGUACCACCAUGCCAUCACACUAACUACAUCUACACUGUACCACCAUGCCAUCACACUACUAGUGUCUCAGACCCAUAACCACGAGUAGGCCUCAAUACCCUACCCUCAUAAUACUGCAGGCAUUUUUUUGCAUUUUGUAACAGGUAUUUUGUAUUUAUAGCAUUUGUCUGUGUGCUUGUGAGAAUGUGUGCCCAAUGUCCACUUUGGAUGAGGAACAGGGGGCAUAUUGGUUUUGAGUUGUAAAGCUCAAAGUAAAGGGGCUUUUCUUGUUAAGCCAGAGUUAUUUGCUUUAAUGGAUUCUGCCCAAGCUCCUUACCGACCUCCUGUGCCAGGUAUAGUGGGUGAGUCCUGGUUUCUGUUCAAACCGGUGUUUCAUUUCUUUCUCUCCAGCUUUAUUUCGCCAUCUUUUAUUUAGGCUCUAUUUUUAUUGUGGUGCAGUGGUGGCAUAAACACGUGUUUGACUCAAAAGUGUGUGUGUGAGCGAUCUCCAGCAGCACGUUUGCAGUGUUCUAUUACAACCAUUUUCAUAAGACUAUGGGGAAAUUACAGGGGAAAGAUUGUUUCCUUUCCUCUGUGUCUUGCAGCAGUUUAAUUUUCUCUGGAAUUUUCCCUGGAGAGCAGAGGCGUUCUAGAAUCUAGUCAUGCUGGGUGAGGUAACAUACAGUGACAGGGAGCACCAUACCUGGGUUCAAAUAGUAUUAGUUUUCUUUCAAAUAUUUUGAGCGUUUGAUUGAGCCUGCCUGGGGUGCCAUAUGGGUGAGGUUGUACACUUUUGGGACUAUUCCAUUGGUUCAAUUGUAUCAGACAAGUUAAAUCAAGCGCAGCUAAAGUAUUUGAAUGAAAAAAACUAAUACUAUUUGAACCCCAGGUCUGGUGAGGCAAACAGCAGGACAACACUGUGGGAAUAGCUGAACUGUACACUCCUUUGAACUCCAGCCUUUCUGAAGGGAAAAUCUAUGAAAUAAGACUCUUUGAAAGACUUGUAUUGCCCCAAAGGAGGGCCUCUUCUUGAGGGUUUUUCUUCAGUCUCUGAUGAUGUUUUAAGAGGCACCUCUCAAGGUAAGAGCUAGAGACCCAGGUGGGUGUCACCCAGGGGGAUUGGAUUAAAAAGCAAAGACAUUCCUUCUCCAGCUGUUAGUGCUCAAUGAAACCCAAGCUGCCACUAAUCAGUUAACGUCAAAGAAAUUCACCACCCUGAGUUACAUUUCUACAGCACUUAGUAAUCUCAUGUGCACUGCACACUCAUGAUGAUAUUGGGUUCCACCUCUUGUGGCAAGGGUUUUUCAGUCCAAAGCUAACAGUGACUCCUCCUUAGUACAGAUUAAAGUAAUAGGGUUGUAAAACUUUUCAAAAUGACCUCCGCAUGCAAACCUCUGUCUCAAACGCGAUAUCCCAUAGUAUUACUCUAGUCUUUCCUAAGUGAAGGCUUGAUAACUGCCACACAUGCAGUCUCUCACUCUUGGUAUUAGAAGAAAUAAGGUACAAUAAAUGGUACAUUCAGCCUCAAAAACAUAAGAAAAUGCACAUCGUUCUGCAGGAAUUUCUAUUAUGUUUGAUCAUCAUGGGACUUAAAUAAAAGCCCCACGUUGCUGAUUAAUUUGAAUCACAAUGAAUUCAUUUGUGUCUGGGACUUUCUAUUGGCCUUGAUAUAACAUUUAGACAUACUGUUUGCCUGUCUCUUUGCCCCCUCAGUAAGUUCAAGAUCUUGGAGAGUAGGAUUGAGUCAACGCUGAAGAAGACUCUGGAGAUCCGUGAGGAGAAGAUUCAGGGGCUGGAAUCUCGACUGGAGGAGUCUAGUAGUCUCAACCAGCAGCUACGCACAGAACUCAGCACCGUAUGUACCUAUACGCCUCUGUUAUUCACUCACACACACGUGUACAUACUCAAACAUAUUUGGAGCACACACAUCGUCUACUAAUCAUACUCUUGCACAUACUCAUAGUCUUUCUCACACUUUCACUUUCACUCUUACUUCUACUCUCUUUUAUGUCACUUUUUCACUUACAAUCUUUUUGCUCACACUGUUGUCCUCUGUGUUGUGGUGAUCAGGUGAAGAAAACUCUGGAGGCUCUGAGACAGAGGCAGGAGGAGGAGGAGGCCCACUCCCAGACCCAGAGCUCCACACAGCAGGCUGCAGGUCAGGGCCAGAGCCAGGGCAGGCCUGGUCAGGAGAAGUGGGAGACAGAGACGAGAGAGGCCACCGCGGAUCUCCUCAAACUCAAGGACCGCCUCAUCGACAUAGAGAAGAACGUGAGUGGGAAUGGAAAUGGAUGAUAAAGGAAGGGAUAGAAUUAAAAGGGUGGAAUGUUUAGUUGACCAUCUGCCAAGGACUUCUUCCUGUAGAUCCCUCAACCCAUACAGUAAAUGCUGUGAAUGCUUAGAACAUGAGUAGCAAAACAGCUACUAUUGUAACUGUCAAAACAUACUGGCAUAUGCAAGCAUCUGGCAAACUGUUAUACAAAUGGUAUAUUGUCCAUGUUUAAUCUUACCUAGAUGCCUUUCCCUUCAGAAUGCAACCCUGCAGACAGAGAAGCACCUUCUGAAGGAGCAGCUUAGACAGCUGGACACCCAGAACAGUCAGCUGAAUGCCCAGACUAUGGCCGUACAGAGGCAGGCUGCUGUACUGCAAGAGCAAAACACGGCCCUGCACACACAGACAGCCAAGCUACAGGUACUACAAUACAUACUACAGGGGCUCUGCUCCAACAUGUUCUCACAGCUACUGUGCUUCUCUCUCUGAACUUGUAAACAACUCUGGCUGUUUUUGUUUCUCACCCCUCACAUUUAUACAUUUGCGUGCAGGUCAGGUAGGCUAUGCCAACUUCUAUGCGUAAUCAAGUGUGCAUCAGUACUCAACAUUGAUAGGAGCGCUUCAAACAAAAGAAAAAAUACAUUGACAAAACUCGUAAAUGGAGAGGGCCUCACGAGUGGCGCAGUGGUCUAAGGCACUGCAUCACAGUGGUAGAGGCGUCACUACAGACCCAGGUUCGAUCCCGGGCUGUAUCACAACCGGCCGUGAUCGGGAGUCCCAUAGGGCGGUGCACAAUUGGCCUAGCGUCGUCCGGGUUAGGGGAGGGUUUGGCCGGGGGGCUUUACUUGGCUCAUCGCGCUCUCCUUGUGGCGGGCCGGGCGCCUGCAGGCUGACCUCGGUUGUCAGGUGAACGGUGUUACCUCCGACACAUUUGUGCGGCUGACUUCCGGGUUAAGCAGGCGGGUGUUAAGAAGCGUGGUUUGGCGGGUCAUGUUUCGAAGGACGCAUGACUUGACCUUCGCCUCCCGAGCCCGUUGGGGAGUUACAGCGAUGAGACGAUCGAAAUUGGGGAGAAAAAGGGGGUAAAAAUAUCAAAUAAAAAAAUAGUGAAUGAAAUGAACCAAAACUUGUUCCUCACAAGCCUAGCAUAGGUUUUUAGCCUCGCAAACAACGUGUCCACGCCAUACUGACAAUGAGAACGCUAAACAACUGUAAUAAUAACAUAUUGAAUGCAUUAACAGAAUUUACCGUAACCAAACAAACAUUGUACAUUUAGAAAAGAUGGGGAUUAAUGGUAAAUGUACUACUGGUGAGAUAUGUAAUGGGGAAUUGAUCAAAGGGCAAAGAAUUAACACAAUGAAGUUAUGAAACAAUGAAUGCGCACGGAUUGGCGGGAGAGAGCGUGUUCUGGAGAGAGAGACAUGCCUUGUGCAUCUUAGCAACACUCCCCUUCUUCUUGGACUGUCCACUGAGACAGGCGCUAUUCAGACAGGUGUCUCGUGUGUAGGGCUGACCCCAUUUAGUCGACUGGUCGAUUGUUUGGUCGAUAGGUUGUUGGUCAACCGACAUUUCUUUAGCAAAUUUUUUUUAAAUAUAUAAUAUCAUGGUUUACAAGACACCCGUCUGAUUCGCGCCUGUCUGAGUGGACUGAUCCAUUGUGGAGGCUGUGGGGGUGGCACCGUCCAUCACUCUAAGACGUGCUACUGAAAUUGUAUAUGGUUAUAUUACAUAAGAAUAAUGGUGCAACACUAAUAAAAACAGUAUAUAUAUUUUUUUCCAACAAAUACACUUUCGCCCUCAAUGGAUAGUGGUCGCUGUCCACGGUUCUGAAACACAUCAGUGUGCUGUUGAAUUGGCGCCUUUUCCUAGACCAUGUUGCUAUGUGCAUAAUAGCAAAGUUAACCAGCAUAUUGGUUUUGAGAACAAUCCUGCGGAGGCAGCAGCAUGUCCAGGAGUUUCACCCCAUUGUAAUGAUCAGUGGUUUCAAGUUUGUAUCCAUACAUUUUUUGACAAGCUGAUCAUAACUAAAAAGAAAAUACUUCUGCCUUUCCCGCUGUGUAAACACAUUGCAAAUAGGCUCGCGAUAACUCCUGACAAAGUUGGGUAGCUGAUGCCUUUUGGAUGUUUUUUUUUUGGUGCAGUUCCGGACCGGCCUUGAUUUCCACAUCCACGGACAUUGGUUUUUGGUCCAAUCAUAGACCUCAUCGUCCGGUCCGGAUCAAAUCUGAACCAAUCAUAGAUGUUUAUGUUUGUUUCAGAUUUAGUCCUUCUGGACCAGCAUUGAUUUGGUCCAAACCUAGACAUCUAUGAAUGACUUCUUUUCAACUUUCAUUCAGAUCCAAAAAUUAGCCUGAUUUGAACAUCUGUAAAAAAAAAUAUAUAUAUAUAUAUUUUCAACAUCUUUAAAAUACGUCUUUUCAACAUCAGGAAAAUAAAUAUUUUCAACUUUCAUUAAGAACCGAAAAUCAACCUGAUUUCAUCGCUGUGAAAAUAUAUAUUUUUCAACGUCCAGAAAAUAUUCCUUUUCAGCGUCCUGGAAAAUAUAUAUUUUAAACAUAUGGAAAAUACCUUUUCACCUUUCAUUCAGAAACUAAAUUGAAACUAACUUCAACGUCUGGAAAAUACUUAUUUUAGUUGUCUUUUCAACGUCAUUUUGCUUACUUGGGACAAUUGUAGUUUUGCGGGGCGGUGGCAUUUUUUGGUCUCACCUAUGGCGGCAGAAAGGCAAAGACCGGCCCUGGCUAUAGGUCAGGCCCUAUUGUGCGCUAUUCGGACGGUAUUACUUUUACUGGGGGAGGUCGGGUAAUGUAAUUAUGUGCACGAGCACAAAACACCACAUCUGUAAUUUCAGUCCCGUCCGAAUCUGCCAUGUCAGUCAUUUUUACAUGGCAGGAGAGUAACAAUUCCAGCCAGAAUAACCUUCCGGUUUUUGGGGAACUCCAAGGUCCUCUGAUAAUACUAGUCCCGUGCGAAUCGACAUCCCUGUGUUUUGAGAUAAAUGUCUGAGUUUGACAGGUGUUGCUUGCGGUUUGCGCAAGAAAACAAUGACUGAUUGGAUGUGCUGUGGCUAAGCUAUAUAUGAAUGGCCUACAUGUAGCCUGUCAACUUUCACAGUGAAUGCUUUCGUUUAUAUGUUUUGUGCGUAUGAAUUGAAUAUUGCCAAAUGCAUCAGUAACAAAUAUUGAGACUAUUUAAUGCAACCCUUGCUAUUAAUAGAUUGCAAAGCAGCAGCAUACAACUGACCUAAACGUUUGGAAAUGAUAAGUUAACGUUCUCAUCCAUAGCCUUAAAAUGCAUCUCAUGUGCAAUUGCACUGUUUAGCUCACAAUCUGAAGGCUGGGGGGCAUUUAGGACGUACAGCAGAUCGCUAAAAUAUCCUAAUGAUUAUGAUCACACUUCCUCAAUUCAAAUAUUAUGGUGACACUAUAGGAAAGUGGUUUGGUAUGGUUUAGAAACUUGGGAACCAAGCUGGAGUUAUCAGUGUGGCCCCAUCACCUGGAAAUGUUGAAAUACUGUUUCUUCAUGCCUAGAAUAAAAACCUCCAGGGGGCAGUUCGGAAAAAGUUAAUCCCGUCCGAAUCAUCCUCUGGAAUAACGGAAAUUCUGGAGUAAUAAUUACAUAACCAACAUUCUCUAGUAAUACUUGAUGUUCUGUGGUGGUUGCUGCAGCAGGUAGGAGAGUGAGAGAACGGGUGCUAGUUAUACAGUCACUCGCUGUCAAUCAAAUCAAUUGCUGGUCAGACUCCCUCUAGUCAUUUGUGUGUCCUAAUUAUUUAAUCAAAUCUCAGUGAAUAUAGUUGAUUUGAUUAAAACACAUAGGAUGUGUCAAUAUAUGGAAGAAUACAAGUUUAAAAAUGUCUCCCAAUUGAUUGGUUGAAAGAUCAGACGAUGCUUGGUCAACCAAGAUUAUUUUUUUGUCAGUGGCAGCCCUGCUCGUGUGCCAUGGAAAAAAUAUAUAUAUUUGUGACCGCUCAACCCAAAAAAUAUCUGGCGACCAACAGCCUAUCGACCAAACAAUCGACCAGUCGACUAAAUGUGGUCAGCCCUAAUUCCUAGUUAGAGUAGCUGUGUCAGUUGUUGCCAGUAUAGAUGUUGUAAAAUGACAACUUUGUCUCCCCCCUUUAGGUGGAGAACUCCACCCUCAACUCCCAGAGUGCAUCUCUCAUGGCACAGAAUGCUGUGCUGCAGGGCCAGGUGGGGGCACUGGAGAGUGAGUCAGAGGCGUGGCAGCGGCAGCGGGAGGAGGCGCGGGUGGGCAGGGAGAGCGUGCUGCUGGAUCACGAGCGCCUGCUGAGUGUGCAUGAGAGACAGGCAGCGGAGUACGAGCAGCUCAUCGCCCAACACGCCACCCUGAAGGGCAACCAGAGAGCUCUGGAGCAAGAGCACCGCACACUGGAGAACAAGUGGGUCACACACAUGGAACGCACACAGGGGUUACACAAACCACCGGGCACACACACACCAAGUGGUCAUACCCUAAGGCAGGGCUAUUCAACUAUAUUUUUACGGGGGCCAUAUGUAAAAAAAUUGAUUAAUUGCAGGGGGGCCGGACAUUUUCCACAUGCAAUUAUUCUUCAGAGCUGUAUAAAAAACAACCAAGUUAAAAAGAGAAGAGGCCAAAACUAGCGGCUUAGAAUUUCUUUAGAAGUCUAGACAAGAUAAUAAAGUGACUAAACGCAUAAGCAAGCGGGGAUACACAGACGCCUAGACUGCUAAAAACAACAUGGGAGCUUUGAUAGCAAGUAAAAUGACUAUCUAAUAGAGAGAGAAAAAUGCCCCCACCAAUAAAUCACUUUUCUUAAAAUUAAAUGUUGCUUAAAGUAAUUAGGAAAGAAGUGGAGGGUGCUCAACUUGCGUGAGUCAAGGUGCAACUGAAAAUUUGUAUCAUCGUUGAAAAGUCGCUGCUCACCAUUUUUAUUUUAUUUAAAUAACUAUUAAAAGUUAUUUCUAUGUGAAUUUGGUCGGGUCGCCCAGAAAGUUACAUAUUGCAGAUUUAAAAGUAAUUAGGUCAUUUUAAAAUCAUCUGAAAACUAAGCAUCUUAAUAAAUAACAAAAAUCAGCUAAUGCCAAAUUCCAGUCUGAAGGAAGUAUGCUUUGAAUUCAUUUCCCUCAGUCAUUAGGUGUGUUUUUUGUCACACACAACGAGUCCUUGUGAGUAUCAGAGAGGGAAACAGGAGGCAUGUACUUGUUCCUUAGAGUCUUAGCUUUCAGAAAUGGGGUCAUAACAUUUUGUGGCUAAAACUGUUCAAACGCUAGAGCCAAAUUCAUAUGAAGAAAAAAGAACCAACAUGCUGCUAGAAAUCACACUAUAGACAACCACCAUAGUGCUUGUCAUUUUGGCGGGGAUGUUUUUGCAGAUCUUUUAUUAAUGUUCAGAAUUUAUCCAAGGGCCAGUCUAAAUUAAUAAACAGGCGGGAUAAAUAAAGGGGUCAUAUUCUCCAAAGAGGUCAACUACGAUGGUUACACAUACGUGUCAUAAACCACAGCUUCACACCUCACACACACACACACCAAGUGAUUGCACACACACACCAAGUGAUUGCACACACAGAGGAGUCCGCAAUGGGUCAUACACACCAAGGGGUCAACUACCAUGGUCACACAUACACUCACCAAGAGGUCACACUGAGAAGGUGUAAUUGAAAAAGGUCAGAUUAGUUUUUUGAAAUUAUUAUUAUUACAGAGUGGUCAUAUUACACUCGUUCAUGUCCAUGUCAUGUGUAUUGACCUUGGUGUGUCUGCGUAAAAUAUCAAGUUGUUACAUGUCAUCGAGAGAACUGUGUUAAUAUAUUUCCUUGAAGUUAAUUUUCCAAUAACAGAGUUCCUCUUUUGAAAAGCCACAUAUAAACAGCCGUAUGUUAGUGAAAGUAUGUCCUUCCAGACUGGCUUGGCUCUGGGACAUUGAGAGACCGACCUAAGGAAGUGACCUAGGGGAUGUGUUGUGUGCCCUUCCUACCUCUCCCCUUCUCUCUCCUGACUGCUCCAUGGCACCGGGCUGGAACAGUACAGUAGUAACAGGCUGGGUCUGAUUUCACUCAGACACCCUGGCUGGAGCUGGAGCUGGGAGAGACUGCUGACACAGCAACGGUCGGGUUGGGUGGAGACAGGUAGCCUAUCAUUAGGGCUAGGGAGGGACAGGGCAACUGUAGUUAACAUCAGAACUGUGACUGUUCAAUAACUCUGGGAGACUAGUUUCAUUCCGUUGGUAUUCAGAUAGGGGUUUUGGAUGUCAGUGGAGUUCUUCUAGUCUACUGCCUUUAUUGUUUUGCAGUGGAACCUUAUAACCUGUACUGCUCCAGGCCAGGUCACUCCUUAAGGGAGGGUCGGAUUGCGACACGGGUCACAAGUACAUUACUCCUUUAACUAUGGAGACUGUGUUCUCUUGUUUGCUGCGGUUAUAUUUAGACUUGGUUAUUUUAUGUACGUAUAUCACAACACAAACACCAUACACUCUUGUAUUCCCACUGUCCCGUACUGGAAAAUGUGUCCUAUUGUGAAGCUUACCAUCACGUCAGUCUAAAGGUAGUGAUGUGAGAGGCACCGUGACGUGCAGCCAGACUGAUCUGGCUAACUAAAAUCUCUCCUUCUCUACUUCUCUCCUUUAUGAAUAAUGGAGCAGGGUCUCUUGGGGCCCGGGUUGAGGCCCAGGGAUUAGAAGAGUCUGCCUGCUGUACCGUCAAGGACCUAAUCAGCUGGAAUAUCAGCUGUUCCAUGUAUGCCUCAAAGGACUGGGUUGUGUUCAUUAGGGUACACCUUAGAUUUUUAUUUUGAAAAAUGUUUUUCAACAGAACUAAAACGAGCGGUUUGUCCCUCCCUUUUCCAGUCCUUUUCUUCCAUUUGAAAGAAUCAAUACGACCCUGAUGGGAUUGCUUUGAUCUGUGAUCGUGGCAGCUCUUUGAACACACCACCACAUACCAUGGGCGUUCAAUACUUUUCCAACCAACUCUUGUCGGACCCAGUAUCGAUAUUCUUCUUUCGGUGGUAAUAGGAAUCUAUAUGGGAUGGGAUUGCCAUGGCCUAUUUUAGAUGUAACACAAUACAAAACCUGGGGACAGUUAACUAGGCACCAUACAGUGCCUUGCAAAAGUAUUCAGACCCCUUGGAUUUUUUCAAAUAUUAUUGUGUUACAAAGUGGGAUUAAAAUAGAUUUAAUUGUCAUUUUUUGUCAACAAUGUACACAAUACUCUGUCGAAGUAAAUAUAUAUAUGUGUGUGUGUAUAUAGAUGUGUGUGUGUGUGUGUGUGUGUGUAUAUAUAUAUAUAUAUAUAUAUAUAUAUAUAUAUAUAUAUAUAUAUAUAUAUAUAUAUAUAUAUAUAUAUAUAUAUUAUUACAGUGGGGGAAAAAAGUAUUUAGUCAGCCACCAAUUGUGCAAGUUCUCCCACUAAAAAAGAUGAGCGAGGCCUGUCAUUUUCAUCAUAGGUACACGUCAACUAUGACAGACAAAAUGAGGGAAAAAAAUCCAGAAAAUCACAUUGUAGGAUUUUUUAUGAAUUUAUUUGCAAAUUAUGGUGGAAAAUAAGUAUUUAGUCAAUAACAAAAGUUUCUCAAUACUUUGUUAUAUACCCUUUGUUGGCAAUGACACAGGUCAAACGUUUUCUGUAAGUCUUCACAAGGUUUUCACACACUGUUGCUGGUAUUUUGGCCCAUUCCUCCAUGCAGAUCUCCUCUAGAGCAGUGAUGUUUUGGGGCUGUCGCUGGGCAACACGGACUUUCAACUCCCUCCAAAGAUUUUCUAUGGGGUUGAGAUCUGGAGACUGGCUAGGUCACUCCAGGACCUUGAAAUGCUUCUUAGGAAGCCACUCCUUCGUUGCCCGGGCGGUGUGUUUGGGAUCAUUGUCAUGCUGAAAGACCCAGCCACGUUUCAUCUUCAAUGCCCUUGCUGAUGGAAGGAGGUUUUCACUCAAAAUCUCACGAUACAUGGCCCCAUUCAUUCUUUCCUUUACACGGAUCAGUCAUCCUGGUCCCUUUGCAGAAAAACAGUCCCAAAGCAUGAUGUUUCCACCCCCAUGCUUCACAGUAGGUAUGGUGUUCUUUGGAUGCAACUCAGCAUUCUUUGUCCUCCAAACACGACGAGUUGAGUUUUUACCAAAAAGUUAUAUUUUGGUUUCAUCUGACCAUAUGACAUUCUCCCAAUCCUCUUCUGGAUCAUCCAAAUGCACUCUAGCAAACUUCAGACGGGCCUGGACAUGUACUGGCUUAAGCAGGGGGACACGUCUGGCACUGCAGGAUUUGAGUCCCUGGCGGCGUAGUGUGUUACUGAUGGUAGGCUUUGUUACUUUGGUCCCAGCUCUCUGCAGGUCAUUCACUAGGUCCCCCCGUGUGGUUCUGGGAUUUUUGCUCACCGUUCUUGUGAUCAUUUUGACCCCACGGGGUGAGAUCUUGCGUGGAGCCCCAGAUCGAGGGAGAUUAUCAGUGGUCUUGUAUGUCUUCCAUUUCCUAAUAAUUGCUCCCACAGUUGAUUUCUUCAAACCAAGCUGCUUACCUAUUGCAGAUUCAGUCUUCCCAGCCUGGUGCAGGUUUACAAUUUUGUUUCUGGUGUCCUUUGACAGCUCUUUGGUCUUGGCCAUAGUGGAGUUUGGAGUGUGACUGUUUGAGGUUGUGGACAGGUGUCUUUUAUACUGAUAACAAGUUCAAACAGGUGCCAUUAAUACAGGUAACGAGUGGAGGACAGAGGAGCCUCUUAAAGAAGAAGUUACAGGUCUGUGAGAGCCAGAAAUCUUGCUUGUUUGUAGGUGACCAAAUACUUAUUUUCCACCAUAAUUUGCAAAUAAAUUCAUAAAAAAUCCUACAAUGUGAUUUUCUGGAUUUUUUUUCUCAAUUUGUCUGUCAUAGUUGACGUGUACCGGCCUCUCUCUCAUCUUUUUAAGUGGGAAAACUUGCACAAUUGGUGGCUGACUAAAUACUUUUUUCCCCCACUGUGUGUGUAUGUAUGUAUGUAUGUAGGUAGGUAUGUAGGUAGGUAUGUAGGUAGGUAGGUAGGUAGGUACGCACACACAGUGGGGAGAACAAGUAUUUGAUACACUGCCGAUUUUGCAGGUUUUCCUACUUACAAAGCAUGUAGAGGUCUGUAAUUUUUAUCAUAGGUACACUUCAACUGUGAGAGACGGAAUCUAAUACAAAAAUCCAGAAAAUCACAUUGUAUGAUUUUUAAGUAAUUAAUUUGCAUUUUAUUGCAUGACAUAAGUAUUUGAUACAUCAGAAAAGCAGAGAUUAAUAUUUGGUACAGAAACCUUUGUUUGCAAUUACAGAGAUCAUACGUUUCCUGUAGGUCUUGACCAGGUUUGCACACACUGCAGCAGGGAUUUUGGCCCACUCCUCCAUACAGACCUUCUCCUGAUCCUUCAGGUUGCGGGGCUGUCGCUGGGCAAUACGGACUUUCAGCUCCCUCCAAAUAUUUUCUAUUGGGUUCAGGUCUGGAGACUGGCUAGGCCACUCCAGGACCUUGAGAUGCUUCUUACGGAGCCACUCCUUAGUUGCCCUGGCUGUGUGUUUCGGGUCGUUGGCAUGCUGGAAGACCCAGCCACGUUUCAUCUUCAAUGCCCUUGCUGAUGGAAGGAGGUUGUUGGCCAAGAUCUCGCGAUACAUGGCCCCAUCCAUCCUCCCCUCAAUACGGUGCAGUCGUCCUGUCCCCUUUGCAGAAAAGCAUCCCCAAAGAAUGAUGUUUCCACCUCCAUGCUUCACAGUUGGGAUGGUGUUCUUGGGGUUGUACUCAUCCUCCUUCUUCCUCCAAACACGGCGAGUGGAGUUUAGACCAAAAAGCUCUAUUUUUGUCUCAUCAGACCACAUGACCUUCUCCCAUUCCUCCUCUGGAUCAUCCAGAUGGUCAUUGGCAAACUUCAGACGGGCCUGGACAUGCGCUGGCUUGAGCAGGUGGACCUUGCAUGCUCUGCAGGAUUUUAAUCCAUGACGGCGUAGUAUGUUACUAAUGGUUUUCUUUGAGACUGUGGUCCCAGCUCUCUUCAGGUCAUUGACCAGGUCCUGCUGUGUAGUUCUGGGCUGAUCCCUCACCUUCCUCAUGAUCAUUGAUGCCCCCCGAGGUGAGAUCUUGCAUGGAGCCCCAGACCGAGGGUGAUUGACCGUCAUCUUGAACUUCUUCUAUUUUCUAAUAAUUGCGCAGUUGUUGCCUUCUCACCAAGCUACAUGCCUAUUGUCCUGUAGCCCAUCCCAGUCUUGUGCAGGUCUACAAUUGUAUCCCUGAUGUCCUUACACAGCUCUCUGGUCUUGGCCAUUGUGGAGAGGUUGGAGUCUGUUUGAUUGAGUGUGUGGACAGGUGUCUUUUAUACAGGUAACGAGUUCAAACAGGUGCAGUUAAUACAAGUAAUGAGUGGAGAACAGGAGGGCUUCUUAAAGAAAAACGAACAGGUCUGUGAGAGCCGGAAUUCUUACUGGUUGGUAGGUGAUCAAAUACUUAUGUCAUACAAUAAAAUGCAAAUUAAUUACUUAAAAAUCAUACAAUGUGAUUUUAUGGAUUUUUGAUUCCGACUCUCACAGUUGAAGUGUACCUAUGAUAAAAAAUUACAGACCUCUACAUACUUUGUAAGUAGGAAAACCUGCAAAAUCGGCAGUGUAUCAAAUACUUGUUAUCCCCACUGUGUGUGUGUGUGUGUGUGUGUGUAUAUAUUAGUUUUUUUCAUUAAUAAAAUGUUUUAAUAACUAGAAUAUAGUUAUUGCAUAUGUAUUUAGGCAAGCCUAAAUUCGAUCAGAUGUAAAAUCUGGUUUAACAAAUCACGUAAUAAGUUAUAUGGACUCACUCUGUGUGAAAUAAUAGGUGUUGACAUGAUUUUUAAAUGACUUACCCUUCCUCUGUCCCCCAUACAUACAACAUCUUUAGGUACCUCAGUCAAGUAUUGAAUUUCAAGCACAGAUUCAACUACAAAGGGGAGCUUUUUGAAAGCCUCACAAAGAAGGGCAAUGUGAUUGGUAGAUGGGUAACAAUAACAUAUCAAUUAUUGAAUAUCUAUAAGCAUGAUCUAGUUAAUAAUUAUGCUGUGCAUUAUGUAUUAAACCACCCAGACACCUCAAAGAUGCAGUCGUCCUUCUGAACCGAGCUGCAGGACAGGAAUGAAACUUCUCAAGGAUGUUGCCAUUGGUGAUUUUAAAACAGUUACAGAGUUGAAUGACUGUGAUGGGAGAGAACUGAGGAUGGAUCAAUAACAUUAUAGUGACUCCACAAUAAUGACCUAAAUUACAGAGUGAAAAUAACACAAAUAUACACAAAACAAAUAUUACAAAACAUGCAUAUUGUAUGCAACAAGGAACUAAAGUAAUACUGCUAAAAAAAACAUGGCAAAGGAAUAUACUUUUUGGCCUAAAUGCAAAGCCCUGUGUAUGGGGCAAAUCAACACAACACGUCACUGAGUAACUGCUUCUUUGUUUUCAAGCAUGGUGGUGGCUGCAUCAUGGUAUGAGUAUGCUUGACAUCGGCAAAUACUGGGGAGUUUUUCAGGGUAAAAAGGAAAAGGGAUAGGGCUAAGCAGAGGCAAGAUCCUAGAGCAAAACCUGCUUCAGUCUGCUUUACACCAGACACUGGGAGAGGAAUUCACUUUUCAGCAGUACAAUAACCUUGCUUACCAAGAAGACUGUGAAUGUUCCUAAGUGGCCAAGUUACAGUUUUGACUUAAAUUUGCUUGAAAUACUAUGGCAAGACUUGAAAAUUGCUGUCUACCCCAUGAUCCCCAACAUCUUGAAGAAUUUUGAAAAUAAUAAUUGCCAAAUAUUGCACAAUCCAGGUGUGCAAAGCCAUAGAGUCUUACCCAAUAAUACUCACAGCUGUAAUUGCUGCCAAAAGUGUUUCUAACAUAUAUGGACUCAGGGAGCUGAAUACUUAUGCAACGACUAUAUUUUAUUAUUACAUUUUUCUUCCACUUGACAAUAAAGAGUAUUUUGUGUAGAUUGUUGACAAAAAAAAGACACUUAAAUCUAUUUUAAUCCCACUUUGUAACACAAUAAAAUGUGAAGAAAAAUCCAAAGGGUCUGAACACUUUUUCAAGGCACUGUAUAUAUGUUUGUGACCUCUGAGGAAUAUCUGUCUUUAACCCAGUCUCUGUUUCUGUGUCUCUGUCUGUGUGCAGGUACAUAGUGCUCCUGAAGCAGAAAGAUGCCAUGGAGGCACUGGAGUCCACCCUCCAGAAGGAGAGGGGGAUUCUAGGAGAGGAGAUCCACAAAAACGCCCUAAUCCUGGGGGAGAACCAGAGCCUGAGGGGGGAAGUGGACAGGUGAGCUCAGUCAGCACAGCAGCACCUGUAUACAACACCACCUACCUACUCCAGCUUUUCAAAGCACCACAUAGAGAACAGUCCAAUAACAGCCUGACACUGGUACCCUCUGGUGGUUACAUACUGUAAUGGCUGUUUCUCACUAUCUUUCUCCAUCUACACACACUUGGCCAUGGUUUUUUAACACUACAAUUAGAUAAAACUGGCUUUUGUUGCCAAGUGGGCAGAAAAAAAUCAGUAUGGCUAAGCUCAACUCUCAGCAGAAAUCUAACUAAAUGAACUAACUACAAAACUGACUAGCUGACCCUAAAAUUGGUAUUUUUAAGAUUAAUUUGUUUUGCAAAGCACCAGGACCUCAUGUCUCUCCAUACUGUCUCUCCACAUCCCCUGUAGGUUGACCCAGACACAUACCCGGCUGCGUGCGGAGUAUGAUGGGCUGCAGGUGCAGACCAAGGAGCUGAAGACCAGUCUGAAUGGAGCUCAGCUGGAGGUGAACCGCUGGCAGGCCAGAUAUGACUCAAUGAAGGAGCAGCACCAGGGCCUGGACAUCUCCAUGACCAAGCUGGACAACCACUGUGAGGUACAUAGACCACUGAAAGACCACUCCAGGGCCUCGAUGAGCUACUGCACAGGGGACUGUCUAUGGGUUUUCCAUAAUCGAUAAUCAACUCAUCUCUAUUCCUCUCUAUGAUGUGUGCUGUCCCAGUUGCUGACUCGUCUGAAGGGGAACCUGGAGGAGGAGAACCACCACCUGCUGAGUCAGAUCCAGAUGUUGAGCCAGCAGAACCAGACCCUGCUGGAGAGAACCAUGGAGAGCAAGGAGCUCUACCACGAAGAGCAGAAACAGUAUAUGUGAGUAUGGCGUUGUGAGAGUGUGUGUGUACGUGCACGUGCGGGUAUAUAGCGGGAGAGAUUUUCUACUGGAAUUUGAUUAGUUGAAUGUCAUAAAUAUAUCUAAUAAAUCCUGUGUUUCCAGUGACAAGUUGAACUCACUCCGGAGGCAAAAAGAGAAACUGGAGGAGAAGAUCAUGGAUCAGUACAAGUUUUAUGAUCCAACCCCUAAAAAGUAGGUUUUGUUACAUUUUACUUUCUAAUCUAAGUCAAUGGAAUAGGAUGACAAAUGGAUGCAUUAGCAAGCCCUAGGUCCCUGAAUUGUUCCUGGUUAGGUCACAUGGUCAGUAAACCCUCCUGACCCUAGCUAUGCCACUUGUGGAGAGUUCCCCAAGCAGGGAAAGAGAGCUUACUUUGUGGGCCCUAGAGCAUACAGUGGGGAGAACAAGUAUUUGAUACACUGCCGAUUUUGCAGGUUUUCCUACUUACAAAGCAUGUAGAGGUCUGUAAUUUUUAUCAUAGGUACACUUUAACUGUGAGAGACGGAAUCUAAAACAAAAAUCCAGAAAAUCACAUUGUAUGAUUUUUAAGUAAUUAAUUUGCAUUUUAUUGCAUGACAUAAGUAUUUGAUACAUCAGAAAAGCAGAACCUAAUAUUUGGUACAGAAACCUUUGUUUGCAAUUACAGAGAUCAUAUGUUUCCUGUAGGUCUUGACCAGAUUUGCACACACUGCAGCAGGGAUUUUGGCCCACUCCUCCAUACAGACCUUCUCCAGAUCCUUCAGGUUUCGGGGCUGUCGCUGGGCAAUACGGACUUUCAGCUCCCUCCAAAUAUUUUCUAUUGGGUUCAGGUCUGGAGACUGGCUAGGCCACUCCAGGACCUUGAGAUGCUUCUUACGGAGCCACUCCUUAGUUGCCCUGGCUGUGUGUUUCGUGUCAUUGUCAUGCUGGAAGACCCAGCCACGACCCAUCUUCAAUGCUCUUACUGAGGGAAGGAGGUUGUUGGCCAAGAUCUCGCGAUACAUGGCCCCAUCCAUCCUCCCCUCAAUACGGUGCAGUCGUCCUGUCCCCUUUGCAGAAAAGCAUCCCCAAAGAAUGAUGUUUCCACCUCCAUGCUUCACGGUUGGGAUGGUGUUCUAUUUUUGUCUCAUCAGACCACAUGACCUUCUCCCAUUCCUCCUCUGGAUCAUCCAGAUGGUCAUUGGCAAACUUCAGACGGGCCUGGACAUGCGCUGGCUUGAGCAGGGGGACCUUGCGUGCACUGCAGGAUUUUAAUCCAUGACGGCGUAGUGUGUUACUAAUGGUUUUCUUUGAGACUGUGGUCCCAGCUCUCUUCAGGUCAUUGACCAGGUCCUGCUGUGUAGUUCUGGGCUGAUCCUUCACCUUCCUCAUGAUCAUUGAUGCCCCACUAGGUGAGAUCUUGCAUGGAGCCCCAGACCGAGGGUGAUUGACCGUCAUCUUGAACUUCUUCCAUUUUCUAAUAAUUGCGCCAACAGUUGUUACCUUCUCACCAAGCUGCUUGCCUAUUGUCCUGUAGCCCAUCCCAGCCUUGUGCAGGUCUACAAUUUUAUCCCUGAUGUCCUUACACAGCUCUCUGGUCUUGGCCAUUGUGGAGAGGUUGGAGUCUGUUUGAUUGAGUGUGUGGACAGGUGUCUUUUAUACAGGUAACGAGUUCAAACAGGUGCAGUUAAUACAGGUAAUGAGUGGAGAACAGGAGGGCUUCUUAAAGGAAAAACUAACAGGUCUGUGAGAGCCGGAAUUCUUACUGGUUGUUAGGUGAUCAAAUACUUAUGUCAUGCAAUAAAAUGCAAAUUAAUUACUUAAAUCAUACAAUGUGAUUUUCUGGAUUUUUGUUUUAGAUUCCGUCUCUCACAGUUGAAGUGUACCUCUGAUAAAAAUUACAGACCUCUACAUGCUUUGUAAGUAGAAAACCUGCAAAAUCGGCAGUGGAUCAAAUACUUGUUCUCCCCACUGUACAUAGACAGGAAAUAAAUAUGACGCAAGUGAAGAUGACCUGUGGCCUGAGGAUAGAUGGAUGUCUGAGUGUAACUGUGAUUUCCUGUCUGUCAGGAAGAACCACUGGGCCGGGGCCAAGGCCUUGGCCAAAUUCAUCAAGCCCAAGAACAGACAGGAUAGCUCAAGGGAGAGGGUGCGAAGCGCCCCAGACAUCCCCCUGCCUGAACCUCCCACCCUGGACUUCCCUGACGUCCCUCCCCCCCUGCCUCCCCCUCCUCUGCCCCCCCGCCAGUCCUGCCUCAGCCUGGACUCUCUGGGGAACCACUCUCAGGAGGAGAACCACCAUGGACAGGGGCACUCCCCUACCCUCACCCCCACCCAUUCCAGCAGAGGUAAGACGGACACAGGGGGUGGGGGGUAGGUUGGGGAUCCAAAGGAAAAUGCAGUGUAUUUUUGUCUACUCAUCCAGAAUUGUUCUACUCCUGAAUAAUGAAAGGUGUAAAGGCCAUACAGUGCUACACGUCCUCUUUACCACAAGAGGGAGCUCUAGCUACACAAAAUCUCACAUUUCCUCCCCUUCCAACUCAUCUUGCCUGUUCUUCAUUAUCUACUAGUUCAAUGGGGAUCUAUUACAUGCCUAAACAUUUUAAUACUUGAACUCUUCUUCUUCUCUGUUGGACUAUUUUGGACUCUGUUCAUUCAUAUAAUGCAUGUAGUUAACUACUUUCUUUCACUCAAUCACUCACUCAUCUCUCUUUCUCCCCCUUCUCUUUGUCAUUGUGUGUAUAACAUAAUCCCCUAUCAUUCAGCACCCCCAGCCCUGCCAGCGGUACUCCCCAUCACAGCAGCCAAGCGGUUUGGCUUUCUGAGGAGUAAGAGCCAGGAGAAAAUGAAGGUUCCCAAGAUGCCUCUCUCACGGCAUUCUCUCUCUAGACAACUUCGCUUCUGGUCCUCUUCUGACAUCCCCACCUGCACCACCGAGCCCCUCUUGCCCAUCAUUGGACAGUUCUAAUACCACCACCAUCAUCUUCGUCAUUUUCAUCUUCACUCACUCCUCUUCACUCACCCCCCUUUUUUAAUCUGCAACAUCUUUACUUUUUGGCCCUCUGUUAUAAUUUCCUUACAGAAAACCGAGCUCUUAAUGCACACAUAUACACAUUUAUAGAGCUUUCCUCCCAUCACAACAUACCCUAUCACACAUACCAACACACACAAACUGAACUCUGAACUGAACCGUUUGAGGCCUCUAGCCUCAUACUCUGAACACUCGACUCUGGCUAGACCCUGCAGUAAGUAGCCUUGUUUUGGAUUAGAGCCAUCCUUUACUGCAGCCAGCAGCUUUGCCUCGCUCUGUGAGAAUGAGAUAUGUGUGUCACCUGAUAUGUUUAAUCAUUUAAAGUGGGCAACUGAAGAGCGACGACACCAGCCCAAUAAAGGCAGUUACUCUGUCUGCUGUGUCUCUUUGUCUGGCAGCCGGUAUAAAUCUCAUGUUGCACAUGGAUGGAGGAAUGAUGAGGGGAGAACUUCAUACAGGGGCAAUCUGCAAUAUUUACUGCUGUUUGAAGGAUUGUGCUUUUAAUCCCAGGGUGAUAGAAAUAACAUUUUGGGGAGUGAUGUGUGCACAUGCUGUCUGUGCUGCCUGUGUGUUAGCCUGUGUCACGUUGCUGAUAAUAUCAAUGCCUCCAGCUAGCGUCAUACUCUCUCUGACUGUCCUUGUCAAACACUCAUACGCACCGCAAUCUAUCCUCCUAUCCUUUAUUCCAUAUCCUGUACUCUUAUCUCUCUGUCAUGCUUUUUAGCCUCACUCUCUGUCCACCUCUUUUCCCUCCACACCAUUUGUGUUAUCCCUUUGCUCAGCCAAAAAGACAAUGGCUGUGCAAAAAUACGGAAUAACUGUUGUUCUAUUGGAUCUAUUGAUGUCUGAGACUACUAACACAGUGAUGUUUGCAUAAAUGACCAAUACAAUGCUGGGCUAAGUGAGAGAGGGAGCAGGGAAUGGAAUAAGAUGGAAGGUAUAGAACCAGACCCUCCCUGAGGCUUUGGCUAGCCAGUAGGCGAGCAGACACCCUGUUGACUGAGACACCACUGUCUGCUAGCCUAUCCACACUCUCUCGCUCUCUUUUUUCUCUCUCGCUCGCUCUUUUUCUCUCUCUUUCUUCAGUUAGAAUCAGACAGGAAAUCGCCAAAGCCUUCACUUCCUAUAGAAUGUUUUAAGUAUAACUUUCAGUGUUCUAUUCUAUCUCAGCAGGCCAGGGUUCGGUCUGACUGAUUUUAAAGGGAUUUAGCCUUUUAUUCUUUGGUAAAAAGACUGUAAUCAGAUAGCAACAUUGGUAGGUCCAAAAUGCAUCUAAAAACCAUUGGUGUACGUACAGUACCUUGCCAUUUGGAAAGUGGUCUGACUGAAGAAAUGAUAGUUAUGAGACUACUGUAUAUCAUUGUGUAUUGUAGCAAAUGAGCAAACGGAGUCAACUUGUGUCCUUCGAAAGCUUUUGCUGACACUUACCCUUCGCUGCUCUAACACACACUUGUUGUCUACCUGCCCUAACUGUGUCCACUGUCCAGCAGCCUCCAGCUCACCUGCCUCUGCUGUGUCCAGAAUGGGGUUGGUUGUUUGUUUGUUUGUUUGGAAGGAUGUGGUACCAUCAUAGAUACUAACUGCUCUGUUAUUGUACCCCUAGCACUAAACGACAGUGGCGUGUCCCGAGGCAGGGAGCUGUACCGAAUUCCAGGGGGCAGCAGUGAGAGUGUCAAUGGCACAGAGGAGCUGUACGCCAGAAGGAGAGGUGUGGAGCUAGGGGGGGCUGCUGCUCACUCUACCCUUGCCAACCACACCUCCACUUCAGGCCUGACAUCCAACUCAAGCUCCAGGCCUGGACACAGACCCAAAGGUACAGUAGGCCCAAUGCCCAUUUACUGAAUAGCUGCCAUCUUCAAUGUGACGAUGUCAUGAUGUAGUAUAGGCCUGCAGUAUGUUCUUUCUAUGAAACAACACAUUUGCUUCAGUCUCUUCUUAAAGUCAGUAUCCAAGUUUCCAUCCUCAGUUUUUAAGUAAAGUCAUUCUGUUUAAAAAUAAAUCAAGACAGGUGUGAUGGAAAAACGAUGUGUCUGUACAAUUUCAUAAAUGUUGACAGACAAUGUGUUUGUUCGACAUGGUGGGAUCUUUUUGUGUCGGUAAAAUGUAUUAUGCGGUGGAAAGUCCUUUAUGCCAAUGAUAUAAUAAACCAGCAUAUCGAAGUAAACUUGGAGUCACGCAAUGAUAUGCUAUAUUGUACUAUCACAGCAACGUGGAAAAGUGUUGCGUUUAUAGGCAGAUUAAAUAAGUUAUGAUAAACUUCAUGGAGGUUAACUGAUGGACGUUGAUGAGCUUGAUGCAAAUUUCCAAUAAAUAUCGAGGGUAUUAUUUGAAUGCUGGUGACAUGAUGAUCGAUGCUUGGCUGCCAAUUAUCAAAGAAACAUUAAUAUUGCUCUUAUCCAUAUCUCAUCAUAACCUACCCUGUCCACUUUAUUAGCGAACUGUUGUCUAGAGAGCAUGCUCCAAAACCAGAUUGGGAAAGCUUGCAAUUUAUCGCAACAGUUUUUGUGACAAUUAAAGUUGAAAAUGUGAUGGAAACCCAUUCAAUCAAUCAUAUCAAUCAAAUGUAUUUAUAAAGCACUUUUUACAUCAGCAGAUGUCACAAAGUGCUUAUACAGAAACCCAGCCUAAAACCCCAAAGAGUGAGCUAUGCAGAUGUAGAAGCAUGAUGGCUAGGAAGAACUCCCUAGAAAGGUAGGAACCUAGGAAGAAACCUAGAGAGGAACCAGGCUCUGAGGGGUGGCCAGUCCUCUUCUGGCUGUGCCGGGUGGAUAUUAUAAGAGUACGUGGCCAUUAAGGCCAGAUCGUUCUUCAAGAUGUUCAAACGUUCAUAGAUGACCAGCAGGGUCAAAUAAUAAUCACAGUGGUUAUAGGCAACGGGUCAGCAGCUCAGGAGUAAAUGUCAGUUGGCUUUUCAUAGCCACGCAUUCAGAGGUCGAGACAGCAGGUGCGGUAGAGAGGGAGAGAGAGGGUCGAAACAGCAUUGAACUUCCGCUUUCGGUACAUGGAAACUUCAGCGCAAAAGUGAUUUAUUUAUGUGCACUACGUUAUCACACAGCAUUUUAUCCACAAGAAGUCAGUUUGAUGGAAGCAUACCUCUAGUGAGAAAACAUGCAUAUUUUUUUAAUGCAGAUUUUAGAAUAUUUGCAUGUAAAUCUGUCGCCAAUUGGAAGGGAACCUAUCUAGUGUUCCAGAAUAACACCAAACAAGUGAUUUUAAAUCCCUAAUCCCCCAGAAUGCAUUGGUUACGCAGUGCUGAAGAAUCUACACGUCACUCAACUGACCUCUUGGCAGACUAUCAGUGUUCAGUGUUUUUAUAUGGAAUAAUUCUGCCGUCCUCAGUCAAUAAUCACGGUCAGGGAACGUUUGUUUACUUUCCUUGAAACCUUGUGUUCCAAUCUCAGAACGUUGUCCCAUCAACUGGGGAAUAGAUACACAAACACUUACAGGAAGGAGCCUUGUGGCUCUAGACUACAUCAUCUUACAGAGCCAGUUGCUACAUUAUAUUAUAUAGUAGCAACAUUUGAAUUCAGUAUGUAGACAUUAAGUGGAUUAUCUAUAGUUUAUCUACAGACUGUCAAAUAGGGUCGAAGGGUGUGGAGAGACAUAAACUUGUCCAUUGCCCCUUGUUGUUUUUGCUCGUGUAAAAUGCAAAUCUGUACUAAUUUAUGAACUAUUCUUGAAAAUCAGGCAGCUCACUUCCUACUGUGUGUAAACAUGGGGUUUUCCUACAGCUUAGAAAUGUCCCCUUAAUCGUCCUUAAACACUACUGCCCUUUUAGUGUGCACAGUUCUAGUUGUGAAGUGGGACAGCAUCAGUGGGACAGCAUCUGAGACAAAUGCGUAAUGGAUGAGUAACUCACUUCCCCCUCCCCUCUCUGUGUGCUCUGUAAGGUUUCAUCCAUGAGGACGACCCUCUGGUUCACUCCCCUGACGCCCUGUUUGGGAGCAGUGUCCAUGGAAACGCAGGUAAAGGACCAGGAUGAUUGAUACAUGUUCAGACGGCUGCUGGACCCUUGGGCUCCCUUUCACUCUGUGUCCCUCUCUCUGUUUCAUUCUUUCUUGCUCUCUCUUUCUCUCUUUCCCUCCACCAUCUCUUUCUCUGCAGGUUAUCGACCAGGCUCUGCUGAGCUCAGCCGCAACACCUCCAGCAGCAAUUCCCCUGUCAACUGCAAAGGUACAACCAACAACUAUGUCUAUCUGCAAACCCUGCAAACUACUUCAAUAGAUGCCAUUUUAUAUUUAACAACCUUUGAUUUCUAUACCAGAUUUGUCGUUAUCUUGAGCAUGUCUCAGGCCACUAUUUUAGCCUGCUUUCUGGUACUAUCCCCCACUAUGGACUUAAGUCAUUUUCAGCAGUUAGUUGAGUAAAAAACAAUAGCUCUAAUUCUUAUUGUCUAUUUCUACCUCUCUACCUCCCUCUGUCCAUCCAGAUUCCCUGGAGCGCCUGCAGGGCCGUUCUGCCAGCCUGUCCAGUGAUGACGUAGUGGGCCUUAGACACGACGUGUCCCACUCCCUGUCUCUCCCCCGGAGCUCCACGGUUCCCUACGACACCCAUACACACACCCCGACCAAGAGGAGUGCACCCCGGCCGGGCCGCCACCGAACCGCCUCCCCUGGCAGCGAUAUGGUCACCUUGGAAGAGUUCCUGGAGGAGAGCAACACCCUCUCACCACCCACUGUAAGCACUGACACCACCCACUGUAAGAAUAGAGGGAUAAUGUGUUAUAGGGAGAUGGAUGAAGGGUUUGGGAUGUGGAUGUACUAGCUUAGUAUGGUCAAGCAUAUACAGUGCAUUCGGAAAGUAUUCAGACCCCUUUACUUUUUUCCAAAUGUUGUUACAUUACAGCCUUAUUCUAAAAUUGAUUAAAUUGUUUUUUUUCCACCUCAUCAAUACAAUACCCCAUAAUGACAAACCAAAAACAGGUUUUUAGAUAAAAAAAAGUAUUACAUUUUUUUAUAAUGAAAUGGUAUAUUUACAUAAGUAUUCAGACUCUUUACUCAGUACUUUGUUGAAGCACCUUUGGCAGUGAUUACAGCCUCGAGUCUUCUUGGGUAUGACUCUACAAGCUUGGCACACCUGUAUUUGGGGAGUUUCUCCCAUUCUUCUCUGCAGAUCCUCUCAAGCUCUGUCAGGUUGGAUGGGGAGCGUCGCUGCACAGCUAUUUUCAAGUCUCCAGAGAUGUUCGAUUGGGUUCAGGUCCGGGCUCUGGCUGGGCCACUCAAGGAGAUUUAGAGACUUGUCCCAAAGCCACUCCUGCGUUUUCUUGGCUGUGUGUUUAGGGUCGUUGUCCUGUUGGAAGGUGAACCUUCGCCCCACUCUGAGGUCCUGAGCAGGUUUUCAUCAAGGAUCUCUGUACUUUGCUCCAUUCAUCUUUCCCUCGAUCCUGACUAGUCUCCCGCUCUCCACCACCGUGCUCCACCGUAGGGAUGGUGCCACGUUUCCUCCAGACGUGACGCGACGCUUGGCAUUCAGGCCAAAGAGUUCAAUCUUGGUUUCAUCUGACCAGAGAAUCUUGUUUCUCACGGUCAGAGUCCUUUAGGUGCCUUUUGGCAAACUCCAAGCGGGCUGUCAUGUGCCUUUUUACUGAGGAGUGGCUUCCGUCUGGCCACUCUACCAUAAAGGCCUGAUUGGUGGAGUGCUGCAGAGAUGGCUGUCCUUCUGGUUCUCCCAUCUCCUCAGAGGAACUCUGGAGCUCUGUCAGAGUGACCAUCAGGUUCUUGGUCACCUCCCUGGCCAAGGCCCUUCUCUCCCGAUUGCUCAGUUUGACCGGUUGGCCAGCUCUAGGAAGAGUGUUGGUGGUUCCAAACUUCUUCCAUUUAAGAAUGAAGGCCACUGUGGGGGACCUUCAAUGCUGCAGACAUUUUUUGGUACCCUUCCCCAGAUCUCUGCCUUGACACAAUCCUGCCUCGGAGCUCUACGGACAAUUCCUUCGACCUCAUGGCUUGGUUUUUGCUCUGACAUGCACUGUCAACUGUGGGACAGGUGUGCACCUUUCCAAAUCAUGUCCAAUCAAUUGAAUUUACCACAGGUGUGGACUCCAGUCAAGUUGUAGAAACAUCUCAAGGAUGAUCAAUGGAAACAGGAUGCACCUGAGCUCAAUUUCGAGUCUAAUAGCAAAGGGUCUGAUUACUUAGGUAAAAAACGCUUUGUCAUUAUGGGGUAUUGUGUGUAGAUUGAUGAGAAAAAAAGAAUAUUUAAUUGUUUUUAGAAUAAGCAUAUAGUGUCAUAGGGAAAUGGAUGAAAGGUUUGGGAAGGCGUUGUGGCUUCAUAUAGCCUAUUAUUUUAUUUAUUUAUUAUGAUACGUGAUCAUUUAGUUGGAUUUCUCAGCCGACCUAGACUGGCUAGAUAGGCUUCCAAUAACAGCCUCUAAAAUAUUAAUGGUCUGAAUUAAGUUUGUUACGUCUGCAAAUGAAGAAUACUGAACGGGUCUCUGUAAAUCCCCCAGUUUCAGAUAAUAGGUAAGGUUUCGUUCUGCAUUGAGUGAUGCUAGGUAAAGCACAGCUCUCCACCCACAGCUCCUCUGACUGGGGCUCUGUAUAGGUACCAUCAGGGUGAUGGAUGGGUGGCACUGUCAGGUUUUGGUCAUUCACCUCACCUGACUUGACAGGCUUUUGUAGAUGAAAUGUUGGGAUGUGCACACCUACCCACUCUCCAUUUACCUCACUUUCUAACGCAAAAACAGUAAAUAAAAUACUAAUCACUUAGUGGGCAUGGCAACGGGGGUUCAACACCAUACAAUGUCAAUUUCUUUCUCGCUCUGUCUUUCACUCUCUAUCUCUCUUGUUCUCUUCCUACCUCUGUUUUAAAGAAUGUAGAGAGAUCAAUCUGAUUGUCUUGCUGCCCUGACUAACCACUUAAAACAGUGUAAAAUGGGUUAACACACCUACAGUUUUUGCCUCUAAACCUGACUAAAUAUGAUUGAGAGCUGUUCAUGCCUAAACAUACUAACAUUUACCUUCAUCCCAAAGUGGUGUAUCAAUCAACAUCUGAGCAGUGGUGUUACCUCCCAUAGUCCCUGUAUUUUUAAUAGUGCAGACCAAAUGAAUACUUAUUUGUUUAUAAAGGCAUUUCUUCUUCCUCAUUAGAUUAGCUUUGUUUUCUCAUCGUCUCAUUGGCUGUUAGCCCUGUGAGCAGCGGGCUGCUCUGAUUGGCUGGCCAUUAAUUUUAUGUCAUUUAUAUAGUGCUGCAGUGAGAGAUGUGUAUGGCCCCUUGUGUUGUAAACACAUUCCCUGAUGAAUCUGCACCAUGGAGGCGUAGGCAGGCAGACACAGGGGCCAUAUUUCCAGGAGUCUUUAUACUGUUUAACAAUAGACACAAUCUAAACAAGCACUUCUCUGAUUGGAUCAGUCCUGAGUCCCAUGUUGUUGUCUGUACAGUAAUCCAGGAAGUUGAACAUGGACAAUAAUAGCUCUGGAUGGACUCCCUCUCUGUGUGAUAAGGGUUUGGUGUUGAUGACGUCUUUACUUCCUUGAUUAAUCUGUCUAAGUGCUGUGUGUCUGUCUCCCUCAUCCCCUCAGGUGCAGACAGGCAGUCGGGAGGACCUGAUGGAGGACUACUUCAGCAGAACAGGAGAGAGGGAGAGAUCCACCCCUGGCCGGCCCUCUCCUCUGAGAGAUGGAGCCAAGACCCCCACCAGCUACGUCACGCCCACCGUGAAGAGAAACUCAGACCUCCAACGGGCUGACGAGGUGCCAGGCAGGAACUCCAAACCAGGCCAGUGCGUCAGGCCCAUCGUCCGGCUCCCUGAGGGAUCCACCUCCACGCCCCAGAACCAUUCCCAGACCCUACCCAACCGGGCCAGCAACGGGUUAGGGACAGGGGGGUGGCCCUCACCCCUGGGACCCCCUGCACCCCAUGGAGGUGGUCUGGGCAGCAGCAGCAGUCUGUCUCGGACCUUCAGCCUGGCUUCUGCUGACCUGCUGCGCUCAAACGGUCCAGAUAGCUAUCGGACAGACAGGGAGGCAGGUGGCUCGCCCAGCCAGGGUGGUGGAGGUGGGGACGGGGUGGUCAGGAGGCCUGGGGCUGGAGCCAUGGCCAGGGAGCGCCCCCAGUCUGCCAGGCUAGCAGGACCCUCGGACAUAGACCCCCGCAGGCUGCCUCUGGCUCCACCUAAAGAGGAACCACUCAGCCUGACCCCUCCCCAGCACCACUACUCCUCCCUAUCCUUGCAGCCCGAGCGAUACGGAGGGAGAACAACACCAGGCGCCACCCCCAGGAACAACAGCCCCAGCACCGGACCACAGCAGGGACGGCCCAACCCCCAGCAGAAUCAGAAGAACCACCGUGGGGAGGUUGCCAUGGUGACGCCAGUGAGGGCGGUGUCUUCUCUGAGACUGGAGGAGGCACAGGAGGAAGAGGUGCAACGCAGGGAGACGCCGCAACAGGCGAACUCCCCAUUGCUGAAGAAACCGGAGGUGGGAGGAGGAGGAGGGGGGCUGAGCUGUGGAACAGAGGAGCCCCCCAAGAGCACCCCUGCCUCCCCAGACCCCAACAACGACCCCCAGACUGUGUGGUAUGAGUAUGGCUGUGUCUAG